AGAGUGGGGAGGGGGGCGGAACGACACGGCGGCGGAGAGAGCGAAGGAGGGGGGAAGGAAGGGGACGGAGGAGCGCCCGGCCCGGCGGCGGCGAAAGGGAAGCAAGGAGCGCGGAAGGGGGAAGGAGGCGCCUCCUCGCUCGCGCCCGCUGCGCUGCUCGCGGGGCAAAGCUUUAGCCGUCGGAAGGGAAAGGGAGGCUCGUUGGGAGGUUGGAAAGCUCUCCUUUUCUUUCUUUCUUUCUUUCUUUCUUUCUUUCUUUCUUUCUUUCUUUCUUUCCCUCUCCCCCCUUUCUCUUUCUCUCCCUCUUUCCCUUUCUUUCUUUCUUUCUUUCUCUCUCUUUCGCUUUUCCUCUUUCUCUUUCUCUCGUUCUUUCUCUAACUCUUUCUCUUUUCUCUUUCUUUUUCCUCUUUCUCUCCCUCUUUCCCUUUCUUUCUCUCUUUCUCUUUUCCUCUUUCUCUUUCUCCUGUUCUUUAUCUAACUCUCUCCCCCUUUCUUUCUUUCUUUCUUUCUUUCUUUCCCUCUCCCUUUCUUUCUCUUUCUCCCUUCCUUUCUCUUUCUUUUCUCUUUCUGUCUCUCUCCCUUUCUCUCUCUUUUUUCUCACUUUCUUUCUUUCUUUCUCUCUCUCUUUUUCCUCUCUGUCUUUCUCUUUCUUUCUUUCUUUCUUUCUUUCUCUCUCUUUUCUUUUUCUCUUUCUCCCUUUCUAUUUCUCUUUCUUUUUUUCUUUCUGCUUCUCUCCUCUUUCUCUCUCUAGCUUUCUUUUUCUUUCUCUUUCUUUCCGGGGCACAGAAUGUUACAUGAAGUGAUCCCAUCCAUCCCUGCCUGUGCUUUAAAGGCAAGCUUAUCGGGAGCGCGUUCUGUGAACCACGCUGAGGUCUAUGGAUAAGGAGCUGUAUAAAAAUGUAAUUAUCUGCUGCUACUACUGUUAUUAUCAGAAGUUUUCUUCUGUGUACCCUUAAGUACCCCCAGAAAAAAGGACUGAUUAUUAUUAUUAUUAUUCUGUGCUCCUCAUUCCCACAGGUUUUCCAGAUGGACUUCAUUGGGCUUUUUCCCAGCCAGAGCUGAGCUCCAGCACCUCUCAGGUGGGCGUCAUUGCCAUUCUAAGGGAAUAAGGGAGAAGUUUGUGGUGAGCUGCAGCCCCUCUUUUGGUAGAAAAAUAGCUCUUCUUCUUGUUAUUUGGCACUUAACAAAGUGAGUUGUCCGUCACAGCUUCCCUGCUAUUCUCCCAUCCCCACCCCUACGUAAAAGGCUGCAAGCCUGCACCAGGAGCUCAGCGUGGUUUCUGCCCUAGAACUGCAAUGUUGGAAGGGAUCCUGGGGUUCAUCUAGUCCAACCCCGAGCAGUGCAGGAAUGGCCACAAAAGUACACCUGGCCUUCCAACCUCAAAGGGUAGCUUCAUUGACUCGGAACCCCAAAAUUUGGGACCCCCUCCCAACCUGUGCCCAAGUUUUGCAGUUGUUUUUUGCAGCCAUCUUCCGCCUUUGCCGGGGCUCUGGAGCACUUCUUCAGAGCUCUGGAGGCAUGUGAGGUGGGCAGCCGAGGGGUCUGCUGCUCUAGAUGUAGUCCGAUCCUCUGAAUGCAAGGCUGAACUGCGCCCAGAGGGACUUGCACUGAAGCGAGUCAGUGACUCAAGCCCUUUGCUAACUGCACAGUAGCAAAACCAUGCCCCCACCUCUCAGAUUUAUUAUUUAUUUGGGGACUGUGUUGUGGACUGAGCUUUACAUCCUUAUUCCACUUUGAUUCUGAUUUGAUUUUAGGAUGUCUUUUAAUUGAUUGCCUAAUUUUAUGGUAAUAUGUUAUAUAUUUGACGUUAGCCGCUCUGAGCCCGGUUUUGGCCGGGGAGGGCAGGGUAUAAAUAAAAUUUAUUAUUGUUACUGUUGUUAAGAUUUUGAUUUCUUAGGCACCUUGAGUUUAUUUUGCAGUUUAAGAAGAUAAGUUUUAAAAAUGAAUAAAGGACUGUUCCUUUAUUAAGCUACCUGUUAGCUUCAACAGUUCUGUUUUAAUUCUAUCCUUGUUUUCCUUGUGUCAGCUUGCCCUUUUGAUGUACUUAGAGCCUCUUAUUUCCUUCUCCUUUUCAAUGUUGUCUCUUAUAAUAUGCCAUUGUAUGAAAUGCAUCCUCCUCCAAUUAAAUUUUCUUGGGGGGAAACCCCAGAAACUACAUACAUAUUUGCCCUUUUCGAGUGGAGAGACACUCCAGCUCAAUAGAGUUCUAGUGGGGAAAGCUGUUAAGGAACUUAUCUCUCAUUCUGAACAAGCAACGUGGGCUCCGGUUUGUAGCAUGCCUUGUUUGACAAUGGUUUCCUGGAAACUUUCUUUUCAAAACGCAUAUCCCCCCCAAGCAUUGAAAGAACCAAAAGUAUUCCAUUGUUCCUGUAAAUGAAUAUUACUGCAUUAAAAACACAUUAUUCAAGCUGAUCUCAUUGAGACUAGCAGUGGGAACCAGAAAAAUGCUCUCCACCCAUCGCGGAUCUCAAUCCUAAAACAUUUUAAUCCGGAGUUAUUUCAAUGGGGCUUACUCUCAGAUAAGUGUACUUAUCUGUACUGGGGCUGUACCUACCUUGAAUGACUUCUACCUAAGUCCUCAGGAGGUUGAACUGAAAUUGGUGGGUGUUCCGGGUAUAAGUUGUUUAUAGUAACACGAGGUUCUGAAGGCAAUAACCUACCGUAUUUUUUGCUCUAUAAGACUCACUUUUUCCCUCCUAAAAAGUAAGGGGAAAUGCGUGUGCGUCUUAUGGAGCGAAUGCAGGCUGCACAGCUAUCACAGAAGCCAGAACAGCAAGAGGGAGAGCUGUUUUCACUGCGCAGCGAUCCCUCUUGCUGUUCUGGCUUCUGAGAUUCAGAAUAUUUCUUUUCUUGUUUUCCUCCUCCAAAAACUAGGUGCGUUUUGUGGUCUGGUGCGUCUUAUAGAGCAAAAUAUACGGUACCUUGUCAGAAGCUUGAAGUGGGUGGCGGAGGUGUUGGGCACCAUCUGUAUAAACCCCCAAAAGCCAUAUUUGGACCUUUUAUUAGGACCAGCCUAAAUGGAAACAUAAAGUAGGUGUGGCGAACCUGAGGACCUCCAUAUAUUUCUGGACUACAACUCCCAUCAUUCCUGGUCACUGGCUGCUAUGAGUUGUAGUCCAACGACACGCCCAUGCAGAUGCAAGCUGCAAAUCCUGUGCCCUUUGCACAAGCUUAUCUUCUGCAGUGGAGCAAACCCACCGUCCCACAAAUCCACCAUUUUUAUUUUGCCUCAGUUCCUUCCCCUUCUUUUCAGCAAAGCUUCCACGGAAUUAGUAUGGAUGCUAGCGGCAAAAAAGCAGUGUUCAGAUCUGAGUAGAAGGCAGACUCUAUCCUUUCAAAAGGGGUCGGGGGCAGCCAUUGCUCCUUUUCUCCCAAAAUCCUAGGUGUGUAACCUGAUAUCUAUGGCACCUGACAGAUUCUAACAAUUCCAUCUUGGAAUUGACUGCGAAAGCUGAUCUCACAGCUGCAACAUCCAAUAUUCAUAUUUGUAUUUGUUUCCUCCCACCACUCAUCCCUCUCCCUCCAACUUUGUGUAACAUCUGAAGAACUUGACAGCUUGCCGGUAUUUUGGUUGAUCCUAACAAACACAGCGGGUGGCUAGGGCUUGCUGAUCAGAAGGUCGGCGGUUCGAAUCCCCACAAUGGGGUGAGCUCCUGUUGCUCGGUCCCUGCUCCUGCCAACCUAGCAGUUCGAAAGCACAUCAAAGUGCAAGUAGAUAAAUAGGUACCACUCCAGCGGGAAGGUAAAUGGCGUUUCUGUGUGCUGCUCUGGUUCGCCAGAAGCGGCUUAGUCAUGCUGGCCACAUGACCCGGAAGCUGUACGCCGGCUCCCUCAGCCAGUAAAGCGAGAUGAGCACCGCAACCCCAGAGUUGGUCAUGACUGGUCAGGGGUCCCUUUACCUUUACUAACAAAUGUAUUGCCCAAAUAUUGAUUAUCUGUCCUGUUGUACACAUUGAAAAGCAUGUGACUCCCUCCCCCAAACAAUCCUGGGAACUGUGAUUUGUUAAGGGUGCUGGGAAUUGCAGUUUUGUGAAGGGGUAAACUCCAGUUCCCGUGAUUGUGGAGAAAGUCCAUGGGCUUUAGAUGUACAAUGUGUAUUCAGCAGUUGGAUGGCAGCAGUUUCCUAGGAUCUCGGGCAGAGAGAGACUUUUUCCCAGCACUCUUCUGCGAGUUCUUUUUCACUACAGAGGUGCUGGCAGACUGAUCUGUAUUUGCUAGCUCUAUAUAGAACAGGAAUCACAGAAUUGUAGCACUGGAAGGGACCCUGAGGAUCAUCUAGUCCAAGCCUCUGCAAUGCCAGAAUAUGGGGAUUGAACCUGCAACCUUAGCGUUUUAUCAGCACCAUGCUCUAACUAACUGACCUAUCUAGGCCGACAUACAUGAUCUGGGUGUCUUUCUUAAAAAAAAUUAGAGAUUAUAGAGGCUUUGCUUUGCUUUUAAUAAAUCAAUAUGCAGUACCAAUGUACAAAUAAAAUACAGAAUAACAAUAAUAUUAGCAUUUUAAAUAAAUAAUAAUAAGCCACAAAUUAGCCUCUCUCCCCAACAUCCCAAAGCACUCUCACUAGCUUCAGUCAGGUACAUAUAAAAUCUUGCUUAAAUAAGAAAGACCUCGUGCUUCCUCCAAAAACAGGUUAAGUAGGCAUGGCCUUUUGGUUUGAGAGAGAUGGGAGUUGCAGCUUGAUAAACUAGAGAGAUACAGUGCACGUGAUUUUUAAUUAUGUGUCCCUUUUCCUUUAGAAAAUUCUUCCGCCACCUCACUGUUCUUCCAGACACUUGGCAUCUUUUCAGUCCAUAAAUCCAAUGCAAAAUAAGACUCUUGCCUAGGCUUAUACUGCAAUAAGCCUGAAGGAACCAAACUGCACAUUCAGAAAUAUCAUAUGGUAACAGUCCUCCUUUUUUUGGACUGUCAUUCCAGAGUCAGGGUGGGGAGAUUCACGGUUGCAUGGUCUCUCACACCAAGACCUCCUAGUCUAUGGAAAGCUCACAUGGCAGAAAGGUGGUUUCUGGCUUUUUUAAAAAAUGGAGUGGAAGUACAGAUUUUCAUGAAAUGUAUGACAGAUGCUGCAAUAAUUUCUCUGCCCGAAAGGACAGAAGUAGUUUUAAAAAAUCAUGGAAACACCAUCUGUCAAGGCAAUUUACACAGUUUGGGCUAAAUAUAAUUUCAAAUCGGCUCUGGCGGUAUCUGCAUGUACAUCUUGUUACUAUAAUGAACAAACUCAUAAUUAAGAUGUUUUAAGGGAUAUUUCAUACUGGGGAAAGGAGAAUCUUAAGUGUUUUGGAGGAGUUUAUCUCAGGCUAAACUCUCUUAACAUUUGAACAAGCGGCGCAGAAAAUGAAUCCCUAUAGUCCUAAAUUGCUGGUUUUUUCUUCUUGAAAUUAGCCAUGCCAUUAUUGGAGAAAUGGCCCAAUUAGAGAGCGCAAGUGGAAAAUUUAUUGCUUUCCCUAACCAAUAAAACACCGGCAGACAAGACAGAUGGAAUACUCUCAAGUAUUCGAUCUGAUGGCAUUUUCAGAAUAAAUAGGGAAGAGAUAAACCUGGAACACCACUACCAAACACUGAUAGUUGCUAUAUGGCGUACAUGGAGGGGAGAAUUCAUUGUGAUGAACUUAAAACACACCUUUUAAAGUUGUUACAUCAGUGGUACGCAACUCCUUUGAAUUAAAAUUGACUUACGGUUUUUGUCUCAUGAUCAUUGCUGGUGUUAACAGCCAACUACAUACAAUUAUAUGAAAAUAUAUUGAAAAUGCUAGGAAAUCAGAAGUUUGGGCUGCUUUGCACCAUUGGAUAUCUAACAAGUUGCUGGGUAUUAACUUCCAGUUGAUCCUUUCAAGAAGGCAAAGGCAAUAUGGACAAAAAUGGUGCAGAGAUGAUAAUUAAUCUUAUUUCUGUGAAAAUACAGUACCACAGUGGAACAGAACUAUGCCCUCCCCAGCUGAUUGUGUACUUCUUACACAACAGCAAGAGAGAAUGAUAAAUAUAACAAAUUUGUCAAAGAAAAUGCCUUCUAUCAUUUGUGGGUUUUGCUGAUAUGCCUACUGUAAAAAAAAUAUUGAAGGUACAGUACGGCAAUCACUAUCAGUGUGAUCUGGGGCAGGAGGACUGCCUGUUAUCUGGGCCUCCUCUAGUGAGACUUCCCCAUUUCCUGACCUGCUGCUCCCCAUUUUGCAUGUUUAUAUCAUUUCUCUAAAUUUGCAAAUCCCCUUGGGUGUGUUGGCAGAAUGGCAAUUUAUGAAUGCAUUGGAGAAAUAAUAGUAGAUACAGACUCCAAGAGUAUCCAGGCCUUCUUUGUAUGUUCUGCACAUUGAAGUUAGUAGUAGUAGUAGUAAUAGUAGUAUCUCCAUCUGACUGGGUUGCCCCAGCCACUCUGGGCAGCUUCCAACAGAAUAUGAGAACACAGUAAAACAUCAAACAUUAAAAUCUUCUCUAUACAGGGCUGCCUUCAGAUGUGUUCUAAAAGUUGUGUAGUUAUUUAUCUCCUUGACAUCUGCUAGGAGGUGGGUGCCACUACCAAGAAGGCCCUCUGCCCGGUUUCCUGUAGCUUCACCUCUCAGUGAGGGAACUGUUGGAAAGCCCUCGGAGGUGGACCUCAAAUGGGCAUGGUCUGGACAGGUAAAAAGGUAAAGGACCCCUGGACAAUUAAGUCCAGUCAAAGGCGACUAUGGGGUUGCGGCGCUCAUCUCACUUUUCAGGCUGAGGGAGCCGGCAUUUGUCCACAGACAGCUUUCUGGGUCAUGUGGCCAGCAUGACUAAACCGCUUCUGGCGCAGCAGGACACCAUGACGGAAGCCAGAGCACACGGAAACGCUGUUUACUUUCCCGCCGCCGUGGUACCUAUUUAUCUACUUGCACUGGUGUGCUUUCGAACUGCUAGGUUGGCAGGAGCUGGAGCAGAGCGACGGGAGCUCACCCCGUCGUGAGGAUUCAAACCGCCAACCUUCUGAUCGGCAAGCCCAAGAGGCUCAGUGGUUUAGACCACAGCGCCACCCGUGUCCCUGGACUGGACAAUGGAGAUGGAGACACUCCUUCAGCUACACAGAGCCGAGGCCGAUUGGGGCUUCAAAGGUCAACACCAAUCCUUUGAAUUGUGGGGACCAGUGGGGACCCCUUCGCUCUUACCAGUAGCCCAUAAAAGUACUGACUAUCCAUUCAGAGAUCUGAUAUGGAAGCAAGGAAUACACGCAAGAGCAUUCUUUUCAUGACUCGUUUCCAGGGCUCCAAAUGAGUAACCUUGAAGGUUUAGGCAGCAUUCCCCCCCCCCCCCCGGCAACAUUUUCCCAUGAGAAAAUGUGGCAAUGUGCUACCCUACAAAGCCAUAGAAAUCUUCACAAAGCUGCCAUCUCGCCUCCCACUCAUUUCCCCCCACUCCAUACCCUCAGGCAGUACAGUAAUGAUAAUUAGAGCUGCAAAAUACCAUUAUGGUCUACGGCCCUUUCAUCCUCAAGAUAUACAGCAUGCAUUACCCAAGGGUAGGGGAAUCUAGCAAAAAGGGGAAGGGGUGUACAAAUUGAGAUUGAAAAGCACCAAGGCAAAACUCCCUAAGAAGCCUCAAUGUACUUUUAAAUUUUUAUUUAAAACCCAAAACCAAGCACUUUCCAUUAAGUCGUGCUGCUGUAUUUAAACUGCAAAUGCAGGCAGCUUCUGCUUGUGAAAUGGGGGGGGGGGUGAACCGUUUCAUCCUUUGCCUCUGGUGGCAAAAUGUGUCAGCGUGGGUCUGCGGAGUCCCAUAGUCCUGUCUAAUGAUGGAUGGAACCCUUGGGAAGACAUAAUUUCUGGAGCAUUAGACAAACACUUUGCUCCACCAUUCCAACUUUUGCUUCCCCUUUAUUUAUCUUAGCAAACUGGAGGCCUGGAAUCAUGCAGAUGCCCAGCCAAAUUCGAAUCAGCAGGGCUAUUGGUUUUAGAGUCGUAAUGGGUGGAAUCCUGCAGGUAUUUACCGUAUUUUUUGCUCUAUAAGACUCACUUUUUCCCUCCCAAAAAGUAAGGGGAAAUGUGUGUGCGUCUUAUGGAGCGAAUACAGGCUGCGCAGCUAUCCCAGAAGCCAGAACAGCAAGAGGGAUCGCUGCGCGGGGGGGAGAGGUUUCAAAUAAGGAGGGAUGGCCGCUGAAAACGAUGGAAUACACAGAGCUAGCAGGCCUAACCAGCAAGGUAAGAGAUCAAGAAGAACGGGUCUAUUAAGAGGAAUGGAAACUAUUGCAAAUUUGACAGUAUAAUGUAGAUUAAGACAUAAUAGAAAAGGGAAAACUAGAAUGAGGAAAUAAAAUUUGCAGCCAAUUUUGGAAGUAUGGUCGUACCUCAGAAGUCAAACGGAAUCCAUUCCAGAAGUCCGUUCCACUUCCAAAAUGUUCGGAAACCAAAGCACAGCUUCUGAUUGGCUGCAGGAAGCUCCUGCAGCCAAUCUGAAGCCACGGAAGCCCUGUCGGACGUUCAGCUUCCAAAAAUAGUUCGCAAACCGGCACAGUCACUUCCAGGGUUGCGGAGUUUGGGAGCCAAAACGUUCGCGAACUAAGCUGUUCAAAAAUCAAGGUACGACUGUAUGAGGAACCAUGGAAGCAGAGGAAGGGAAGCCGUUGUAUGUACUGUUGUAUAUUUAAUGGUGGAAAAUGUAAAUCUAAAAGUUUAAUGAUUUUUUUUUAAAAAAAGGGGAAUCCCAAUGGUGUAAGAAAAAAUCAAGUAGUUCACUAAAGGGGGAAAAAGCUUGUGCAGAAAUUCUGCACAUGCAUCCUGCUGAUAUUGUUUAAUGAUUAUGCCUACCAUGAUUAAGCCUACCAUGCAGAGAUGAAGAACAGCAUACCCUCAACAUUUCUCUGAUGAAAAUAGGGACAUCCUAUUCCAUAAUUUUACUAUUUAUACCCCACCCAUCUCACUGGGUUGCCCCAGCCACUCUGGGUGGCUUCCAACAUAUAUAAAAACAUAAUACAACAUUAAACAUUUCAAAACUUCCCUAUACAGGUCUGCCUUCAGAUGCCUGCUAAAGGUUAUGUACGGUAGUUAUCUCCUUGGUUCGGGGGUCACAUAACUCCAUACCCAUCAUUUCCCCAAUGAAAAUAGGGACGUCCUAGUGAUGUAUGGAAGUGAGAGCUGGACCAUAAAGAAGGCUGAUCGCCAAAGAACUGAUGCUUUUGAAUUAUGGUGCUGGAGGAGACUCUUGAGAGUCCCAUGGACUGCAAGAAGAUCAAACCUCUCCAUUCUGAAGGAAAUCAGCCCUGAGUGCUCACUGGAAGGACAGAUCCUGAAGCUGAGGCUCCAAUACUUUGGCCACAUCAUGAGAAGAGAACACUCACUGGAAAAGACCCUGAUGUUGGGAAAGAUGGAGGGCACAAGGAGAAGGGGACGACAGAGGACGAGAUGGUUGGACAGUGCUCUCGAAGCUACCAACAUGAGUUUGACCAAACUGUGGGAGGCAGUGGAAGACAGGAGUGCCUGGCGUGCUCUGGUCCAUGGGGUCACGAAGAGUUGGAUACGACUAAACAACAACAACAAGGAAAAGUGGGACAUUCCGGGAUCAAAUCAGAAACCGGGACGGCUUCUGUAAAUCCAGGACUGUCCUUGGAAAACGGGGACAUUUGGAGGCUCUGCAUAGAAGAGCCUUGAAAUUAAAGAAAAGUCGACAGCAAGCAAUUGUCUGAAAGGCGAAAGCUGCAAGAAGGAUCCAGAGGCAGUACCAUGCGUGCCAACAGAACAGCUGAUGUCGCUCCCUGCGGAGGAGAUUCUUGAAGCACACGUCUCCCACGUCUUGCUCCUUAGAGGAGGAGGAAGAAGAUACAGCACUAAACAAGCAUGCAGUUGCCUCACCCCCUCAGUACAGUCUGUUUAGUUCUGCAGGCUAGGAAAGGUCACAACACAAACAGAAUUAUUACAUUAAAAGUGUAUGCUUAACCAUAUUUCCUGAAGACGCUAUCGACGCCUGUGAAGAAAACACUUCCAACUGUUUGCUUUUUAACAUUGAAGGUUGAUGAGACUUUACAUAUGCAUCUUGGUGUACUCAAAAGUAGCAUUUUAAAAAUAGCGCCCAGGAUGUUUUGGCGUUGGUACAAUGUGCUGAACAAAUAACGGGUUCCGACGAAGAGUUUACGGUUAGUUGAAUGCUAAACUGCAGAUUUAUGUGGGAAUAAAGCCCAUGCAACUCAACGGGCAAGCAGCCACGUAUUCAGGUGCCAAAGCAGUUCUGUACAACAAUUUGACAAACCACCUGCUUUUGGAACAUAUCUAGGGCUGCAAAAGCCAAAAGUUCUGCAUCUGAAACACCUCACAGGCCAUAAUGCAUGACUGGCAGAUGGUAUGUCUGACAUUAGCAUCCAUCCUGGUGACCAUGAGUUUUGAAGGAUCCACUGGGGCCGACACUGUCAACCCUUUAAAAAUACAUAUAUAUAUUGUUACGAGAGUUGGGUGCCUCCCCCUCUCUCUGCCGUGUGGUGGCAAGAGGCCUUAAGCAUUAAGAAAUAUAGUUUAUUCACCUAUUUGUACCUUCAGUCUGCAUGGAGGUAGUCCAGAUCUUACAGCAUGGUCGUUUUAAGAGGGGCUUGUACCCCACAGCAAUGCAGCCAGCCUUCAGCCUGCCUUCCCAAGAUGGAUCCCAAUCUUUCUACCUCCAUUUUCUUCCCAGAACACCCUGCUAAAAACUCCCUUUUCCUGUCCCCUCACAGCCAGUUACCAUGGCAACCUUCCAAACCCUUGUCUCUGUUCACACCUCAGAGCAGGGAGAAAGGACAGUUCUCAUCGCCCAUGACCCUCAAUGGCCUUUUUGUUUCUUAAUGGCCCUAGCUUGGCCAGGUCAUUUUGCAUAGGCUAGCCCAGGAAUUCCUCUGCAGCUUGUAUUUCUCCCUUCACAACCCAUAAUAAUAAUAAAAAAACUACCAUUUAUUAAUUUCAAGGUUGGGGGAGGGGUCCACCUGCCAUAUCUAUCACAAUAAAGGUAAAGGGACCCCUGACCAUUAGGUCCAGUCGUGACCGACUCUGGGGUUGCGGCGCUUAUCUCGCUUUAUUGGCCGAGGGAGCUGGCGUACAGCUUCCGGGUCAUGUGGCCAGCACGACUGAGCUGCUUCUGGCGAACCAGAGCAGUGCACGGAAACGCCGUUUACCUUCCCACCGGAGCGGUACCUAUUUAUCUACUUGCACUUUGACGUGCUUUCGAAAUGCUAAGUUGGCAGGAGCUGGGACCGAGCAACGGAAGCUCACCCCAUCGCGGGGAUUCGAACCGCCGACCUUCUGAUCGACAAGCCCUAGGCUCUGUGGUUUAACCCACAGCGCCACCCAGUCCCGUAAUCUAUCACAAUAUUUUACCUUUAUUUUAUUUAUAUCUCACCUUCUCCCCAAGGAGCUCAAGAUGGCACACAUGUUUUCUUUCUCCCACAUUUUACCCCCACAUUUUACAGCAACCAUGACUGACAGCCAGGCAGAAUUCCUUCUGCAAAGGAGUCUACGUACGCAGUGAACUUAAAUGGCACAAUCUAUUCUGGUUACAGCGUUUGGAGGGGGCCCCUGUUUUUAAUAAAACCUGGAGUUCUCUAAUGGCAAAAACCUGGUCUUCUGCCCUGGUUUCCAUGUCUACAACCUAAUGACUUAAGGCUGAUUCAUAUGACCAAAAUUGGCUUUCUCACACAGCAGUCCAGAGCGUGGUACACAUUCCUGCCCGGCUGUAGAAGGCAAUCUUUGUUGUUGGUCCAUUCACCUCAUCAGUGAAGAUGUUUUUUCUUCCUGACCAUCUGCGACAUGCAAAUAUGCGCAGAAGGUCGCUCUGGGGUCAUGCAAAUUGCCCCAAGGACUCUUCAGUUUCUGGAAGUGUCUGUAACACUUCCUGCCAUAGCUUUCAGAUGCAAAAGAGAAGGAUGCAAAAAUUUUAAAAGGGGGUUGUCACAAUGUCUCACCUUACUGUGAUGAGCUGCCCCUGCCCCAGAUCUUUUUGCACUGGCCUUCCACCAGCCCUUUGCAGCUGCCCAUAGUAACAUCAGGAAAGGGAUGCGGGUGGCGCUGUGGUCUAAACCAUGGAGCCUCUGGGGCUCGCUGAUCAGAAGGUCAGUGGUUCAAAUCCCCAGGGUGAGCUCCAGUUGCUCUGUCCCAGCUCCUGCCAACCUAGCAGUCCGAAAGCAUACCAGCACAAGUAGAUAAAUAGGUACCACUGUGGUGGGAAGGUAAACGCCGUUUCCAUGCGCUCUGGCUUCCAUCAUGGUGUCCCAUUGCGCCAGAAGUGGUUAGUCAUGCUGGCCACAUGACCCAGAAAGCCGUCUGUGGACAAACGCCGGCUCCCUCAGCCUGAAAGCGAGAUGAGCGCUGCACCCCAUAGUCGCCUUUGACUGGUCUUACUGUCCAGAGGUCCUUUACCUUUUACCUUUACCUUUCACAUCAGGAAACGGUCCAGAUCUCACCUUUCAAAUCCUUAUUUGGUGGCCAUUUUCAGAAGAAAACCUAAAAAAGGAACGGUUUUGUUUUUUUCCAUUAAAGCUGCUAAUUUAAUGCCGAUGGCAUGAAUAAUGAACAGGACUGGUUUCAGCUAAAUGAAGUGGAGCACAGAUUCCUACGCAGUUCUGCCAACGCACUUCAGCUCUGACCCCUAGCCACCUUUCCACAGCCUUCCUCCUGAGCCUCUUGCAUGGAAACAGGAGUAGCUCUAUGAGCCGGUGAGAGCAACUAAAGAGAAAUGGCAAAGAGGGAUUGCAGCAAGAAAAGCCAGGAGCGGAAUUCUGCCUGUAUAGACACCAUACAUUUAAAGUACAUUCCCCUGCUCAAGAAUUGUGGGAACUAUAGUUUGUUAAGGGUGUUGGGAAUUAUAGCUCUUUGAUGGAUAAAUGACAGCUUCCAGGAUUAGGGUGGGAGAGAAUGUGCUUUAUCUGUAUUUUGUGUACACCGUGCCAUGUUUUGAGGAGGUAAAACUGUGUGUGUCCCCCUCCGCUGUUAAGCCUAAACACAAUAUACCUUCCUUAUUUUUACUGGUGUUAUAGAUUGGGGAGGACCCCUUAAACCAUAGAAAUUAAUAAAUAGUGGAAUUUUGAUUAAUUGAGAUAUGGAUGAAAGCAGAAGCUGUAGAACAGGCAUAGGCUAACUCGGCCCGCCAGAUGUUUUGGGACUACAACUCCCAUCAUCUCUGACCACUGGUCCUGUUAGCUAGGGAUGAUGGGAAUUGUAGUCCGAAAACAUCUGGCGGGCCGAGUUUGCCUAUGCCUGCUGUAGAACUCUGCUAGGCAAGGCUAGCUUAUGCAAACCAGUCUAGAGAAGAUGACAAAAUGGAUUGAUGGGCCAUCUUAGAUGAAUCCUUUGGGCUUAGAAGACAGGAAAAGAGAGUUUUUAAGCAAGGUGUGCUGGCAAGAAGAAGGUGGGGAAAAGGUUGAGAUCCAUCUUGGGCAGGCUGCAAGAGCCCCUCUUGAAAUGACCAGACUGUAAGUUCUGGACUUCCUCCAUGCAGGCUGAAGGUGUAAAUAGGUAAACAAACCAUAUUUUUUAAGGCUUACAACAGUCUCUGCCAUGUCUCAAUUCUCCGAAGGAGUACAGGCUCUAGGUGAGCGUCUGGAACUCCCUGGAAUAUUGCAGAGAGUGGGGGGUGUCCCCAAACAUUUGCAAGACUAUUAUUAAUUUCUAAGCUGCCUUUCAGCCCUGGAGGUGAUCAAGAUGCUUACAACCUGGUUAAGGCACAACCAUCUUAUAAAAACAGCAGCAAAAAUUCUCCUUGCCUUCAGAAUUGUAGAGAAGCUUCCUACAAUCGUCUUUGCUGCCCACUUAAAAACAAGCAUUGAUGGGCCCAUCCCCAAGGAGCCCAUUCAAAAUCCUGGCCGCCUCUGAAACAUCAUGAAGGUCUCCCUUCCAAUGGCUGGCAAGGGGAAUGAAGGACUCUGGUCCUCGGCGGUUGUAGAUCUUUAAAGGCCAAAGACAACAGAUUGGACUGAGCCCAGGAGCAAAUUGGUAGCAAGAGAAGCCAACAGACGAUCUGCACAGGCAGUUCCAUUGCAGCUGAAUUCUGGAUCAAACACUCGGACUGCCUUCAAGCCCCUUACAAUAAUCUAAUCUUUGGGGGUUUUUAAGUGUCCCUCUCAGUGCUAGAAGUAUUUGUUUUCUGUGAAAAUGCUUGAUCUGUUUAAAAAAAUAAAAAUGCUGGAGGUGGCAACAGAGGAGGACAGGAAAACUGGUUUGACUGACGGCGAGUGUGGCUGUGAACUCGAGAAGUGGGUGUUUGGCUUAGCAGCCAGUCACUUAGAUCUCCUCAGUUCCCCAGGAGCCUUUUUAGUUUGUAAGGCUAAUCUUAUAAUUCUCCCCCUCCCCUUGCGUGUGGGAGAGCAGUGCACGCUGGUGUGAAACUUCUGCAGCCCCUGCCUUCCUACGUAUCGUGUGCACGCGCAGAGUGCACAGUCCAUGUGUUAACUACAAAGUAACUGAGACAUAGACAACAAUCUAUGUAUACCAGGGGUCAGCAAACUUUUUCAGCAGGGGGCAAGUCCACUGUCCCUCAGACCUUGUGGGGGGCCGGACUAUAUGUUGCCUUGAUUAUGACCCGCAUUUUUUGGGAAAAAAACCUUAUUGGGACCAACCCCAACGUUGCCCAAAUGUGAUUGGGGGGGGGGUUGUUCCCUCAUACACCCACGCUGCAUCCUUUGUGUUUUACGCGUUGACAGUUAUUGUUUCUCUCAUAAGGCGGGCUGGGGGGCUGAGGUAAGCGCGCCAUUCCUGUUCAUACCUGUCAACCGUCCCUUAUUUGGCGGGAAACUCCCUUAUCCCAGCGCCGUGUCCUGCUGCUGUCCCUUAUUGAUGAUGUCCCUUAAAUUUCCCGGGUUUCAAAGGAAGCAGCUCCUCUCCCUCCCUCCCUGCCGGCCAGGGAGGAGGGAGGUUCCAACUAUGUUGCUUGGCUGCGUUGCUCACCCAAUAAGGAGUCUAAGAACGACUGGGGGGUGGAGCUUGCAUGCCUUGUGCCGAUCAAAUCGGCUGCGUUGCCUGGGGACUCGCCUUUGCUCAGCGCUUCCCAGCGGAGAGGUGACAGUGGUUUUCCUUGCUGCAUCCCCUUUGCCGGGUUGCUGCACUGUGGGAACCACCGCUUGAGGCUUCGUUUGGCUGCUGGCUGGGCUUUCUGCCUUUGGCUUGGAGGGGCUCAGAAGCUGAACAUAACUGUGCCCAGAAAAUCCCUUAUUUUGGCUGCUGAUCCCUUAUUUUCAAGGCUGCUGGUCCCUUAUUUUCAAAUCUGUAAGUUGACAGCUAUGUUCCUGUCAGCCCUGGAGAGUGUGUGCGCAUGCGUGGGUGAAGGGAAAAGCCGUUGGCCACACUAAGUCAGGCCGGUGCCGCUCAAGCAAAAACUUUCUUUUCCCUGCGUGAGGGAAGACGAGGCGGCAGCGGCUAUUUACCUUUCCAUGGCUCACACCGUGUAGCUAACAAGCGGCCUCCCCAGCAGAGCGCAGAACGGAUUCGGAGUGCAGCCGCCCAGGCACUCCCCACUUCCUAUGGCAGGGAGCACCACCGCCACUGACACCUGUGGGUGUCGCUCCUGAGGCGCCUCUGAGCCCCUGCCGCCACAACUGCCCUUCCUGAGGGCAGUUGCCGGCAGCUCCAUGGUGGAAAUCCAAACUGUGGCUCCUUUUCCUUCUUCCCCACCCUGGAAGAAAAGAUUGCUGUGCAUGCGUGAUGCAUGAAGAAGGGGCUUAUCUCGAGCAGCCGCCUGCCUCACUUUUGACCCCCAAGCCUGGCUGAGUCGCAAAAACUAUUGUGUGUGUGUGCUACGGUGGCUUCCUGGAUUCCCAGACCAUCCACGGGCCGGAUCUAGAAAGCAAUUGGGCCUGAUCUGGCCUGCGGACCUUAGUUUGUCAACCCAUGCUGUAUACUAAGAUGGGUGUGAGCUGCGGGGUGUGUGUGUGUGUGUGUGUGUGUGUGUGUGUGUGUAUGCGUCUGUGGCUUCCUCUAUUACUCUUUUAAAAAAUCCUCACUCCAAAUAAAGAUUUUUUUGGCCUCUUUCAAGAUGCCUCUUGUGUGAAUCUUGACUGUAACACUCCUCUGCGUUGGUGUUGUCAAAAUCCCACUUCUAAGGAAUUUCUCCCACUCUACGUGGGCUUCUAAAUGUCAUGGAACAUGACUCUAAGCAGGAAAGCAUGUCCCGCAUGCACAUACUGUACAAAGAGAAUCAUAGAAUCGUAGAAUUGUAGAGUUGGAAGGGAUCCUAAGGAUCAUCUAGUCCAACCCCCUGCAAUGCAGGAAUAUGCAGCUGUCCCGUUCAGGGAUCGAACCUGCAACCUUGGCGUUAUCAGCCCAGGUCUUUUACAGCGAUGCAUGCUUUGCUUGCAAAUUAUAAUCACAUACCACUGCUUUUUAAUUUUCCUUUUCAAAAAGCCCUGCCCUACAAACCAUGCUUUUAAAAUAUCAUUUGCAUUUUGCAAAUGCCAUAGCAGUUUGCACAGCAUGGUUAUUGCAGUCCUAUCCAUGUCUACUCAGAUGUAAAUUCUACCAAAUUCAAUGGGGCUUACUUCCAAGAAAGUGGGGAUAGGAUCGCAGCCUAAAUAUUUGAGAACCUGAGGAGUCUCCACUAUGCAAAUUUCUCCCAUCCCUGCUUCCCAGGGAGUUGCAAAAGAUAAUAAACCUCAAAGACCUUGAAAUCUCCAAGAGUUGCAGUUGUUAGGAUAUUUAAUAUGUACCAAGGGGCCUUUUCUAAGUCAGGAAAAGGCAUUUCACAUUCUGGCACCUUCCUUCUUUUGCAUCAUAUUCAGCGUAGGCAUUGGUCAUUAUCAGGAAGUGACUCCCCCAGUUUACAGCUGGCAACACCACAUGUGCCAAUCUGAUUCCAGCCAAGACAGCCAGCCGUUCAUGCCCAGAAGGACACAAGGAAAAUGGACUUUGACUACAAUCCUAUGCUAGGGUUGCCAUAUGCCCGGGGAAAUCAGGACGUAUGGCAACCCAUGUCAGAAGUCUGUAUUUUGCCAAAUCUCCUUUAAAAUAGCUCAUAAAAACCCCCUAUCCUAUGUAGACUUAGCUGGGAGUAAGUCCCAUUGAACUCUAUGGGGCUGACUUCUCAGUAAAGAUAUCUAAGACUGCCCUGUUACUUGCUUGCACAUUUUCCUGGAAUUUUAUUUCUUUUCCAAAGUGGCAUUUUGACUAGUUUUGCAAAGCAGUUUGCCAAUAAAUUUCAGAGCUUAUAAAGGAGAACUAGCCUUCCUACCCACCUGUUUUAUAACGCUGUUCCAUGUUAAUAAAUGGCUGUCCGAACCAGACUGCCUGGGUAAAUAAAUGGUUACCUAAACCUUAAAGACUGAAAUACAUAGUGAAGAACUGGGAGAUAAAUGUGGUGAAUUGCCGCCAGAGUAAAAUGAAGACAUGAACAGAAAGAAGGAACGCUUGCUCAUAUCCAAAUGCACAUUCAAACUUCUUGAAUGGUACAGUACUUGUAUCCCACGUUAAACUAUGUAUAUGUUCCAUUCAUUAUGAAUGGUGUAUGCAAUCUUCUCCUUUUUCCAAUUUGUUAUACUUGAAAUCUAUCAUCUACAGCAAAAAGAGCUUUUUGACUCGCAUACCCUCCAACAGGGACAUGGGUGGCGCUGUGGUCUAAACCACUGAGCUUGCUGAUAAGAAAGUUGGCGGUUCGAAUCCCCGCAACAGGGUGAGCCCCCGUUGUUUGGUCCCUGCUCCUGCCAACCUAGCAGUUCGAAAGCAUGUCAAAGUGCAAGUAGAUAAAGAGGUAACACUCCGGAGGGAAGGUAAACGGCGUUUCCGUGCGCUGCUCUGGUCUGCCAGAAGCGGCUUAGUCAUGCUGGCCACAUGACCCGGAAGCUGUCUGAGGACAAACUCCGGCUCCCUCAGCCUAUAGAGCGAGAGUCAUCCGCGACUGGACCUAACGGUCAGGGGUACCUUUACCUUUACCCUCCAACAAUUAAUGCAAUAGGGACGUCCUAUUUCGAACCUAGCAGUUUGAAAGCACGUCAAAGUGCAAGUAGAUAAAUAGGUACCGCUCCGGCGGGAAGGUAAACGGCGUUUCUGGUUCACCAGAAGCGGCUUAGUCGUGCUGGCCACAUGACCCGGAAGCUGUACACCAGCUCCCUCGGCCAAUAAAGCGAGAUGAGCGCCGCAACCCCAGAGUUGGCCACGACUGGACCUAAUGGUCAGGGGUCCCUUUACCCUUUACCUUUAAGGGGUAAACUACAGUUUCCAGAAUUCUUUGCGGGAAGCCCUGUGCUUUCAGCGUAUUGUGCAUAUGCAGCCUAUAACCCAUUGGUAGAAACUGUUGCGCAAGUGCUAGUGGAAGAUCAUAGGAGAAAGUAUCUGCAACUUGCAUCGCUGUGUGCCUGCCGCAACAAGCCCACAAAUCACCCGCUGGAAAACAAGCUCAUUGCAAAGGAAUCCUUCAUGUCUGGGGGUGCAAACCGUUCCCGAUAGGAAGGUGCUUGCAGCAGCGACUGCCAAACCCCAAGCACAACGUGUGCCUUCCAUUCUUUCAGAGAGCUGCUUUUAGUGUAUUUUUGGUCUCUGCGGAAGCCGCCCAGAGCGGCUGGGGAAACCCAGCCAGAUGGGCGGGGUACAAAUAAUAAAUUAUUAUUAUUAUUAUUAUUAUUAUUAUUAUUAUUAUUAUUAUUCCAGCCAUUGGACCUUGCGCUGCAAGAGGGAACCACACGAUGCACGCCAGCCAUAGAACUUGCUUUGACAAGUAUAAGGGAUUGAAACAGUUAAAGGGAUAAACUUGGAUCUAAAGAUCCUCUGCACAAGUAGAAAGAGGCUUCUUGCCUCGCAGAGGGUUGGACUGGAUGACCCUCAUCUCCCUUCUAACUCUACAAGUUGAUGGUUCUCUUAUUCUUUGAUCACCAGUUUUUGCCACUCCCCGCUUCCAACUGCUUUGAAGUUGGGGCUGUCGACAGGGAUGCCACCAAAGGGGGCAACACUUUGGGGAUGGAACAAGGGCACAGGCCAGCUCCCUUGUGCUAAAAUUAUGGUUUUAAUGGGGGUGGAGUUUUAACUUGGGUAAGGGACGCGGGUGGCGCUGUGGUCAAAACCACUGAGCCUCUUGGGCUUGCUGAUCGGAAGGUUGGCGGUUCAAAUCCCCAAGAUGGAGUGAGCUCCCGUUGCUCUGUGCCAGCUCCUGCCAACCUAGCAGUUCGAAAGCAUGCCAGCGCAAGUAGAUAAAUAGGUACGUCUGUGGAGGGAAGGUAAACGGCGUUUCUGUGUGCUCUGGUUUCCGUCACGGUGUUCUGUUGCACCAGAAGCGGUUUAGUCAGGCUGGCCACAUGACCCGGAAAGCUGUCUGUGGACAAACACGGGCUCCCUCGGCCUGAAAGCGAGAUGAGUGCUGCAACCCCAUAGUCCCCUUUGACUGGACUAAACUGUCCAGGGAUCCUUUACCUUUUUCUUUUCUUACCUUUUUAACUUCGGUGGCUGUUGUUUGUUUGGGGAGGGUUGUUUUUUAAGUGUUCUUAAGUGUUAUGUGUUACCAGUAAUUUGUAUUUUGUAUUUUUUUUGUUUUAUACGACUGAUUAAUAUUCUACAGACUUUUAAAUGUGUUUGUAGGGUGGGAAGGUUGUUCAGUGUUUUGUUUUGUUUUGUUUUGUUUUGUUUUGUUUUGUUUUGUUUAACUAUUUACUUGUGUUUUUAGCUUGUAUUUUUAUCCAGUGAACUGUGCUGAGAUAUUGUGAAAAGGGUGGAAUAAUAAUAAUAAGUGCUUUUUUUCUAAAAUAAUGUUUAGGGGUACUCUCAUUUUGACUCAAGAAAAUCACCAUUUUGUAGUUCAAAUCAGGGGAAAUAGAUACAGUAAAUGGACAAAAGUACAAAGAUUCACAAAAUGUUUAGGGGUAUGUGUACAUCUGUGUAUCCUCAGAAAAAAAGCACUGAUGAUGAUGUUGAUGAUGAUGAUGAUGAUGAUAAUGCAAUGUUUUCCCACGCCCCAAUGCCCACCCUCCCCAACCCUCAGGAGCCGGGAGCCAAUACACCCCAGUUCUCUGUGGUCAGGAUCCAGGUUACGGAAUCCAGAGAAAAAUUAGCAACCUAUUCUGUGCAAACAGUUAUGCAAAGGGCAGGAGCAAAUGGAAGAACUCUGGAUUUCUGUUGAUGGUUUUUCCACAACACUCCAAGUCCGAAACAGCCCUUGUAUGAGUAGAUGAGGCUUUCCAUUUCUAGAAGAGCACUUUUGGACCGAAGCCAGAAUGUCUGUCUGUUCAAAACCAGCUAAGUAUAUGAAGAAAGGGAGAGGAGGUGUGAAAAGCAUUGGUGUCACUGUUAGAUUGCGAUUGUCUAAGGGCAAAUAUAUAUGUUAUAAUUAGGGGAGACUGUGGGAAGAUUAUUAUUUUUAUAAGUCAUUGAAAUCCCAAAUGUCAGUAAAGGAAAAGGUGAAAAAUGGCAAAUUAACAUCCCCCCCAAAGGAACUGGAACUCUUAAAUACCAGAAAUGGUUGUUUCUGGGUACCAUUUACAAUUGAGUUAAUGGCACUCCAACAGUGCCCUGUUUCAAAUGGUGAUACUUUGAAUUUUGAUGAUUAUUCCCCACUUUUUCCUCAAGACUGCAAUUGUGCUCCUCUAGAAAGAGGACCUUGCCAACAAAGGUCCCUAUAGUUAAAGCUAUGGUUUUCCCAGUAGUGAGAAGUGAGAGCUGGACAUAAAGAAGGCUGAAUGCCAAAGAAUUGAUGCUUUUGAAUUAUGGUGCUGGAGGAGACUCUUGAGAGUCCCAUGGACUGCAAGAAGAUCAAACCUAUCCAUUCUUAAGGAAAUCAGCCCUGAGUGCUCACUGGAAGGACAGAUCCUGAAGCUGAGGCUCCAAUACCUUGGCCACCUCAUGAGAAGAGAAGACUCACUGGAAAAGACCCUGAUGUUGGGAAAGAUGGAGGGCGCAAGGAGAAGGGGACGACAGAGGACGGGAUGGUUGGACAGUGUUUUCGAAGCUACUAACAUGAGUUUGACCAAACUGCAGGAGGCAGUGGAAGACAGGAGUGCCUGACGUGCUCUGGUCCAUGGGGUCACGACUAAACAACUAAACAACAAGAAAGAGGUAGAAUAUAUACCGUAUUUUUCCAUGUAUAAGACAUGGGGCUUUUUUUACCAAAAAAUUAGGUUUAAAAUUGGGACUCAUCUUAUAAAAGGGUAGUGCUGAGGGAUGUUUUCUUAAUUUGGAGUCCCAAAAAAUAGGGGGCAUCUUAUACAUGGGUGUCUUAUAGACGGAAAAAUACAGUAACUUUGGUUUUGACCAUAAGUAUUAAACUAGGAAUCCACAAAAGGGAAAAGUACUGAAUGGGGAUUUGGGGGGGGGGGUGGCUUGUCUGUUAAUAUAUGGAAGUGUUUUGUAUUCUGUCAUUCCUCUACAUGUUUGACAGUGUUAGAUUCAAUGAAAACUUUAUUAUUAUCAUGCAAAAUUAUUUCCCCCCCCCCAGGUCUGUGAGAUGAAUCAUUUCCUCAUAUUGAUAUACAGAUUAAAUAAAUAUAAACUGACCGAGGACAGGUUGCCCUCUGUAGAUUCAUACACCAAUAAUAAGAGGAUAACAGGAAUAUAAUCCCCCUCCCUACUUGGACUAGCAAGUCCUGCUGUGGCCAAAUGGGCCUUUUCAGCAAAUUUGUGGCAACAGGAACAAAGGUUACCCAAUAAAACAGCUUUGAGGUUAUGCUGGGUGGGCAAAAUGAUAUAGCUGAGGCAUUAGAGACCUUGACUAAACAUGACUGCUUUACUCCUUCUCACAAAGUACCUCUUCUUCUUCUUCUUCUUCUUCUUCUUCUUCUUCUUCUUCUUCUUCUUCUUCUUCCUCCUCCUCCUCCUCCUCCUCCUCCUCCUCCCUAGUUUCCACCCCACCAUUUGCUAUUCAGAAAAUGAAAAUAACUAGUCAAAUACUUUCAAGUAGGGUUAUUAUUUGGACAGCACUAUUCUAACACUACGUCCGUUUUUUUAUGUAAAGUAAUGUAUUUCUCAUGGCCUUGUGAAAAUCGUAACUGUAAUUUUGCCGGUGAAUCUUUUGUGUCUGGGUAGGAUUGGAAUUCUAGUCGAUAACUCUUUGGUUUCUUUUUCCCCAGUAACGAUCAAAUGUUGGUGGUGAAUCGACAUGCGUUUUCAAAGUUGGCCAAGUAAAACUCAAUAAAAAUACAGCAUGUGUCCUAACGUAUAUGGAUUUAUUCAGAUUUCAUUCUUUGAGGUACAAUAAAAUGAAAACAUGACAACUCUUUAUAUUGAUGGUGCUAAGCCUUAAAAACCCCAUCUGAAGUCUUGCAUUUGUUUAUUUUUACAAGUUUUAAUAGGUUUGUGAAACUUACCUUUUCUCAUGUUAGAUGAAAGUUUGUUAUGUUAAUAUGUCCAAACACCAGGAAGAACUUUCUGAUUCUCACAAGAGGUGGCAGAUUCUCCUUCCUUGGAUGUUUUUAAGCAGAAGUUGGUCAUCUGUCAUGUAUGAUCUAGUUGAGAUUCCUGCAUUGCAGGGGGUUAGACUAGAGGACCCUUGGGUCCCUUCCAAAUCUAUGAUUCUAUGAAGAGACAUUGAACUAUUAUUCAAAUGAAUAAUGGGCAACUUUAGGCCCUCCAGACAUUGGACUACAAACUCCCAUCAUUCCUGACCAUUGGCCAUGCUAGCUGAAGCUGAUGGACAGGAGUCCAGCAACAUCCUUCUUCUAACCGCCAGUGCUAGUUCUUAAAGAUAAAACUGGAUAAACCUGACUAUUUCUAGGGCAUCAGAUAUAGCCUUCGCUGGAGGCUGGAUGGCAGGCCGGAUGGAUUAAAGGGAUUUCAUUGCUGCUGUUGACAUUAACAGGGAAAACAUAAGCAGGCAAUAUCUGUGAUGAUUUAAAUGAGGAAGAAAUAUACCAUUGAACAGAUUGUUUUGUAAUCCUGAUGGGUUCACCAGCAGGUAAUAGAGAGCCAGUGUGGUCCACAGUGCUGUGUUGGAUUGGAGAGGCUUGUGUUCAAAUUCUCAUUUCAGAAAUAAAGCUUCCAGGGUGGCUUCUGGGUCCGUUGUCCUCUUUCCUGGCCCAGCAGACCUCACAGAGUUGUUGAGAAGAUGAAAUCAGACAUGUUUCUUUUUCACUGCCUUCAGCUCUUUCAAGGAAAGGCGGAGUUCAAGUGUAGCAAAUAAUUGUUGGGAACAAAAUAGACCGUAACGUCAUCACCUGCAUGCUGGAAUUGAUUUGCUUUUUGCUAUGUUAUAAGAAUUUUAAUGUCUUAUAUAUAUAAAGACAAAUAUAUGAAUGUUCAUAAAUGUACCAAGCAAGCAAAUACAUAAAUGUAUAGACCACACGUCUGAGAACCACAGAAAAGGUCCUGAGACCAUUUGUCUCUUCCAAAUUGACCUCAAAUAUUCGGUGGCGCUGUGGGUUAAACCAUAGAGCCUAGGACUUGCCAAUCAGAAGGUUGGCAGUUCGAAUCCCCGCGACGGGGUGAGCUCCCGUUGCUCAGUCCUGCUCCUGCCAACCUAGCAGUUCGAAAGCACGUCAAAGUGCAAGUAGAUAAAUAGGUACUGCUCCAGCGGGAAGGUAAACGGCAUUUCCGUGCGCUGCUCUGGUUCAUCAGAAGCGGCUUAGUCAUGCUGGCCACAUGACCCGGAAGCUGUACACUGGCUCCCUCGGCCAAUAAAGCGAGAUGAGCACCGCAACCCCAGAGUCGGUCACGACUGGACCUAAUGGUCAGGGGUCCCUUUACCUUUAUUCCUCUGCAAGGUCGAAGGAAAUGGGAAGCCUCCCCAUUGUUUCUUUGCUCACAAAUCCUGUCUCAUGGGCACAUUUAAGGUAUGAAUAGGGUGAGCCUGUGACCUGGAUUCAGGAACUGAGUAGUUAUCAUAACAAAAGAGUGGCCAGGAUGCCGAGGUAAUCCUUAUCAGGUAACCGGGCAGACAGGAUAAAAACAACGCACUCAGAUUUCUGUUGUAGUCCGCCCCUUCUCUGAAGUAAGUAUGAUGUUUCUGGGGGUGCUCUUGGGCUCCAGGGUGGGCAGUUCAAAAGUCUGUAUAAGGGCAGGCACACCUUUGUUCUGGGUCUUCCUCCUUCCUGCGUGUGAGGGGAGCACCCUGUUGCAACAUCAGGCUUACUAGCUGCUUUGCGUCUCAAUACACCGGUACCUUGGGUUACAUUCGCUUCAAGUUACAUACGCUUCAGGUUACAUACUCCGCUAACCCAGAAAUAGUGCUUCAGGUUAAGAACUUUGCUUCAGGAUGAGAACAGAAAUCGUGCUCCAGUGGCGCGGCAGCAGCAGGAGGCCCCAUUAGCUAAAGUGGUGCUUCAGAUUAAGAACAGUUUCAGGUUAAGAAUGGACCUCCAGAACGAAUUAAGUACUUAACCCGAGGUACCACUGUAUUCUCUGGUUGGCCUCUGUUAUUUUCUCCUACUGAUGGAAAACCUACAUAGGACUCUAUAAGGGCUCUUGUGUACCCCAUAAGAGAAAGGGAGCAGUUUUUGUUGACAACAGCUAUGUGGGAGGAAUCCAAAGUAUACUUUUAUGGAGUGAUUUCUAACAUUUAUAUUGUCUUUCGGGGGUAGGAGGACUUUUUAUGUGUGUCUGAGUGCCGUGUUUCUUUCCAUACCUUCCGGAAUGCCCCUAUUUCCCUUGCCAGCGCCAGCGCUGGCAAGCUCAGGAAAGAGGAUGAACCGGCGCUUGUCCCGAGUUACGACUGUGGCGGUGGUUGCGGCAUCUCUAUGGUCACCAGCGGUGGCGGCCUCCUCCUUUGUACAGAACAACAAACCCGUGUUGCAACCUUAACACAACAAACAAUACAAGCAACACGCAGACCGGUAUUCUAGAUAGCACUGUAAUUCUUAUUGCAUAACAUACAUGAUUUAGUAACAAAAACAAAAUGUGUGCACUUGUAAAUUCUCUAAUAUAUUUGAAAUCAAUUGAACACACGUCUGUCAAUCUUUGAAAGUCCGUAGAAGUAUAAUAAGUCUAUGGUUGAAACAAAGUAAUAGAAGUACCGUAUUUUUCGCUCUAUAGGACGCACUUUUUCCCCUCCAAAAAUGAAGGGGAAAUGUGUGUGCGUCCUAUGGAGCAAAUGCAGGCUUUCGCUGAAGCCUGGAGAGCGAGAGGGGUCGGUGCGAAGCUAUCCGCAAGCCUGCAGCCCGAAGCCCGGGGAGAGCAGCGCUGCGCACCCCGGGCUUUGGGCAGCUAUCCGCAAGCCUUCGGAGCCUGGCAGGAGUUCCCACCGGGCUCAGAAGGCUUGCGGAUAGCACAACCUCGCCAUCGCUCCCAGACCCAUUCUGGGGGCUGGGGUCGGGGGAAGUUCGGGCUUCCCCCGCCCUCAGCCCGGCAAGCUCCCGGCAAGCUCCACCUGCCUUUAGCAGAUGCUGGAGAGCGGGUGAGGAGAAGAAAGAGAAGCUGCAGCGGCCAAGGCCCAGCCCUGUGUGACGCACCAGCUCUGAGGGGCAGGCAGAGGAUAGGGCCACCCUAGGCAAGAAAAAAGGGGGAGUGAAAGGGAAUGUUGGAGGGUAUGCAGCCGCAUAGGUAGUAGCACCAUUGAAAAGUGUUUGGUGAAAAAUGGCGCAUGCGUCCAGCGUUGUUAUGUACUGAGUUGAAUAGGAUCCAAAAUGCAGCAGCCUGAUUGGUCCUAGAACAAUAGGAUUCAGAAUGCAGCAGUCUGAUUGGUCCUAGAACAAUAGGACCCAGAAUGCAGCAGUCUGAUUGGUCCACAGGAGCCACCCAAUCCAGCUCCAGAUGGAAGGGAAUCCGCAACCUGAUUGGCCUACAGGAGAAUCCCGGAAUUAGCCAAUCAUGUAGAGCCCAUUGUGUAAAUAAUGUAUAUAAGGCAGACAUUCUGGGGGAACUUCCAUUCCUCCUCACCACUAUGAGCUGAAUAAAGAGCAUGAAAUCCACUCUCGACUCCGAGUCUAUUUCAAUUUCUGUACAAGUAAUCCUAAUCUAUGAGUAGAAAGAAAGAGACCACCAUGACUCAGGUCAUCAUUAUUAUCUUGCUUUUCCAAAUCAACUCGUUUGCCUUCGUUAUGCAGACCAUUGCUACCGGUUCAGCAUUCAACCAGCCUAACCAAAUAUCAGAAUGAGCCCACGUGAAGCGGCUCCUCAGUGCUCCCCAGUGUCAGGGACUAGAAAGUGAGUCUGUCUAGCAACAAAAAUCCUUCCAUUUUCCUCCUGCAGGCUUACUACAGUCUCCAAAUAGCUUCAGCUCAGGCCCAAACACCACAAUCUAACCCUUGAGGGGGUGUUAAAGAGAACACAAUGUGUCAUGCUGCUAUAUUUACCCUUGGUUAAUUGUUAGAUUUGCAUUGGUGACUGGAGAGGAAGAGAAGGGCCCAAAUGGGUCAUUGUUAAAAAUGUCAUGAGGAAAAUAUCCCACGAGGAUUUCAGGGAUAAACAAGAGUCAUAUAAGGAGCACAGCAUUUUUAAAACUAACAAGAUCGUCUACUGGUAGAAUGAGGUAUCUGUAGAAUGCAUAUUGGCUUCACAAACACGUAUUUCUUUAAAGCACGAUCAAAGCACAUUCUUCUCCAUAAAGAAUUCUGAGCAUUGUAAUUUACCCUUUGUAGAGUUGCAAUGCCUAGAAGAUUUGAACAAACUACAGUGCUCAGAAUUCUUUACCGAAUUUCCCCCAUCCCAGAAUGUAUUUCUUUUUUUUCUUCCCCCCCCUGUAAAUAUUUUUAAAUUAAUUUUCCACAGUUAUGUUUUCACAAUUAAAAACAGAAAUUAAUUCACAUUUCUACCAGAUUAGAUUUAUACAAAUACAUUUUCACGAACCUUCUCUUUGAGAUUCUUUGAAUGGACUUCCCUCCAUACCCUCUUCUGGAUCCUUAUAUAUAUCAACCAAAUUCUUGUGCAUUUCCAUACUUAUACUUUUCCAAUUACUAUUUCCCUUACGGUAAUUUUUUUCUAAUUUUCUGCUAGUUGCAAGCGUUUACUUAAAAUCCUGCCAAUGUGUCAUUCUGUUUACAGUAUUUUUGCACAUAAACAAUGAACGAUUCCCACUCUUUUUAAAACUUCUCGUUAUCAUAGUCUCUGAGCUUUGCCAUUAGUUUUGCCAUUUCUGCAUAAUCCAUUAGCUUGAUUUGCCAUUCUUCUUUCGUCGGUCUCCUUUCUUCCUUCCACCUUUGGGCUAACAGUAUUUGGGUGGCUGUUGUAGCAUACAUAAAUAUUUUCUUCUGUUCUUUAGGGAGUUCAGUUCCUAUCAAUCCAAGUAAAAAGGCUUCUGGUUUUCUAACAAAAGUUAUUAAAAAAAAUUCCUUCAGUUCAUUAUAAAUCAUUUCCCAGAAGCUUUAAUAAUCUUACAUUCCCACCACAUAUGAUGGAAUGUACCCUCCUUUUCUCUGCAUUUCCAACACUUUUUAGAACUUGUUCUAUACAUUUUAGCAAACACAAAUCUCUUUAAAGCACAAUCAAAGCACAUUCUUCUCUGUAAAAAAUUCUGAGCACCGUAGUUCACCCUUCAUAAAGUUGCAAUGUCUAGCAGCUUUGAACAAACUACCGUGCUUACAAUUCUUUACAGAAUUUCCCCAAACCCAGAAUGGAUUAUAAAUACAGAUUGUAAGACAUGAUUGUGGCACUAGCUCAUCAGGAAAAGUACGGUACUACUGAGACUUUCCCAAACUCUUGUCUCUUUCAUGACAAGUUUCUCGCUUGCGGUGCCUCUCCUAUGUUUUGAUGUAAGGAAGAACAUAAAAACUCAGAUGGAAUAAAUCAAUUAAAGCUUAGCCUGCCCAUCGCCACACAGCUCUACUGGGAACAGCAACUGUCGCUAGAACAAUUAAGAGAAAAUAUUCAAUGAAUAAAUUAUAGACGAAUCCCUUUUAUUAAAGGGAUAAAGAGGGAUCUGUAGAAACAGGCAAGGAACUACAAACAGGAAACUUUUAAUUAACUGCCGAGCCAUUUGGAAAUCAUUGUAACAAAUUGUUCAGAACGCAAGAUGUUCUGAACUUAAACUAUGGGAGAGGAAGGGGCUUUGGAGCCUUGAAAGUUCAAUCAGCCCCCAUAUCUACUGUUUUGUAACCCUAACCCUACCUCCCCCCCCCCAGCUAAUGUUUGGGUGUCAGGCUGUUGGAACGAGAGCUCUGUAUAAAUACAGCUUCUUAAAAAAUACUCUAGAAUUGCUCACACCAACUACUUAUGACCCACCUAACAGCUGCAGCACUUUUUACUGAGUGAAUGCAAGGAAUCAGACAGAUAGCAGGGAGGGCAAAUGAAUGGCUUAACCCUAGACAUUUCUCACUCACCAGUCUCAAUUGUUUCCCCCCUGUCCAACUAACAUAGUCGUUGCUGGCCUAUAUGGCUUUCUGAUCCCUAGAGGACAGAGCAAGGAGACUCUAAUGGUUUCCCCAAACUCUUGGUAUACUGCUUUUGACCCACACAAGCUGCUGCCACACACACAAAAAGUCAUCCACAAUAUCUCCACCCAAUCCCCCUUUCACACAAAUAAAGGCAAAAGUAUUAAGUAAAGAAUAAAUGUUUAUUACAGAAAGAGACACAGGUUCACUGUUGCGCUUUCUCUGUAGCAGAGUCACAAAACAAAGGGGAAAGCUGUUCAAAGCAGCAAACACACCCUCCCGCCUGCCUGCGUAUCAUAUGAACUGUGCUAGGAACUGUUUGUAGGUGUGACCUUCAAGGAAACAGCUCUGAGCAUGCUCAGAACUCAAGUAUGAAAUGGGCAGGACAAUUCAUCCGCCAGUCAUCUGUUGUAUACCCCUGCUGUACAUAGAGCCUUAUGCAAAGCUUAAAACAUCAGCAGGUAGGUGUUGUGAUAGUGAUGCUCCCUCAAAAAGGUUUUAGUAAAAACGCAGACCUCUUCUCAAAAACAGAGCCUGAUAAAACCUACGUCAAAGUUCUGCAUAUGCUUAUUCUAACCAGUUGAUCAUGAUUAGCAAUUUUGUGUGUGUGACUAAAAUGGCUGUUGUUUACCACACAGCUAGCUCCACGCAGAGAUUCAGCAGUCUCCUCAUUUCUCAUGAUCUUCAUGUUCUCCACCCACAGAAUGCCCAUUUGAAGAUGUUCUUCGGCAUCACUUAAUAAAAAACAAAAAAGGAAUAAGAAGAGCUACACUUCAAGCAGGCUUUAUUCCAAAACAGCAGAAUACUGAAUAUGACAGUGCAUGCAAACAGCUUAUAAAAGAGUCUGUGUUAACCUAUUAUACCAAACAGAUUGGGCCAUUUGCAAAAUCUCAAUUUUCCCAUACCCAAGACAACACUUAUCUCUUUAUCUAGCUGAUUUGUCUUUACCAGGUGAUUCAUGCUUCCUGUUACACAAUCAGCCAUACCCUGCAAACAUAUAAUAGAAAUAUCAGCAGUUGCUAAACAACAUAUUUAAUGUCUGAGCCAUCUGCAAUCAUCUGCAUGGACUCUAAUCACUUCUUCAGCGCUCAGAAAGGCAAAGAACACUUGCAAAAGCUAGUGAAAAGUUUCAAUGAUGACAUGGCAUCCAAUAUUGGAAAUCCCACUGAAUCGUGCCAUUACUGGUUUCUUCUGCCCUCUCUGCCAAUAACUGUAUAUUACUUAGGGCUCAGCUACAUUAGUACUGAAAUAGCGAUUUGAAUGCACUAUAAACAUGCAACACCAGAUGGCACCAGAGAGCAGUCAAAUUUAAAAAGUGAUUUUUCAUAGAGGUUUUUUCUUUUGUUAUAACAAUCUAACUUCUAACUUAAUUAUAGCAUGUGUUUUUCCUGUGUUUAGAUCUACCCUUACUGCAUGUGAUUUUCUGGGUGCAAAUGUUUUAUGUAUAUAUGUAUGUAUAUGCGGUGUAUGUAUAUGUAUGUAUAUGCAGUUCUUUUUUCGGGGGAGGGGAUGCAGGGGACAUGUACCCCUAAACAUUUUGUGAAUCUAAGUUUGGCCUCAUUGAGGAUCAGUAUUUCAAUAUGAGUAGGAAAAUGAGAGUACCCCUAGACAUUUUUAAAGAAAAAAAGCACUGUAUAUAUGUAUGUAGUUAACACUUUUGGGCCCAGAGACUCUCAAAGCAAUGAACAAAGCAGAAAUUUUAAAUCCUUAUAGCAAAACGUUUCAGCUUCCACCUUCGUCAGUUGCUCUGAUAAAAAAUGAUGCUGUUUCCAAGGUGGAUGGAAAGCUCAGAAGGGCUUAAAAUGAUAGAACUGCAGAGUUUUAAGGGACCCUCAUGGUCAUCUAGCCCAACCCCCUGCAAUGCAGGAAUCCCACCCACUUAGGGACUAGAAACUUGAACAGAUAAUGAGAAGUACUAACAAACCCCCAAAGAGAAUAGAUUGUGGCUGCUGCAGUCUCCCUCAGUCCUUUUGCUUCCAGGGCUAAACCAUAGUUUGGUUUAGUGUUAUUAUGUCCAAAUUUGAGCUCAUGCCUUGUUUUUCUCCAGACAAACCACAAGUGGCAGACCAAGAACGAACAUUUUUUUACAGGUUCUGGUUUUAUUCUGGAACUAGACAAACCAUCAGUCUGGGUUUGGACAGAGCACAUUCAACCAAACCAUGACUUAGAGCCAGUGUGGUGUAGUGGUUAAGAGCGGUAGACUCGUAAUCUGGGGAACUGGGUUCGCGUCUCCACUCCUCCACAUGCAGCUGCUGGGGACCUUGGGCUAGUCACACUUCUCGGAAGUCUCUCAGCCCCACUCACCUCACAGAGUGUUUGUUGUGGGGGAGGAAGGGAAAGGAGAAUGUUAGCCGCUUUGAGACUCCUUCGGGUAGUGAUAAAGCGGGAUAUCAAAUCCAAACUCUUCUUCUUAGCCACAAGUAGCGUGGCAACAGUAGGAGCAGAGAAGGAAAGCGUCCGUUGCCACCCUCUACUCUGAGAAUCUGCCUGUUUGUUCAUUCUUGCUAAAGUCUGGCUUAGCAUUUAAAGGCAACUUGGGUCAUAGUAAAUUACGGAACAGCUCACUGAAGGCUGCUCUGGUUUUCAGAAGAAGAAAAACACUCAUAAUUAGUACCGCCACUCCCUCCUUCAGGAGUAAAGCACUAGGUGUUAAAUAAAAUGGUUCGUAAAACAUGGCAAGGACAAAACUGCAAAUUUCCCAAACGUGAUUUCACUACCAAGAAGCUGAUACACGACUGAGAGUGGGUGGAAGCAGAGGGGUGGACAAUCAGCAUUGUGUUUUCUUAGUGAAUAUGAAAGAACAGCCAGCUAGGGUGAUGUAGUGGAUAAGGGAAUGAGCUGUAAAUCAGAAAGUUCUUGUUUCAAACUUUAUCCAAGCUAUGAAUUUAGUGGGCGGCCUUUGGCGAGUCUCGGUCGCUCAUAGCCACUCUUCUCCCCUGCAAUCAGCAGUAUGGAAAUGCGAAUACUGGCCUAUCUUAAAGGGUAGUGGUAAGGAUUAGUGAUAGAUUAAGCGCUUUGAAAUCCUAUACUGUAUACAUCUGUGUAAAAGUCACAGGGAGCUCUGUGGGGUUUACUCCCAGGUAAGCGAUGAUAGCGUCAGUGGCAUAACAUGGUGGGGGGCCACAGGGGUGGUUGCCCCAGGUGCAAAAUUGUUAGGGGCACAAAAAACCAACACCUGGUGCUGCCUCAAUAUAGCUGCUCCUUUCUGCCGCUGAACUCCGUUUAAAGCUCCUUCUCCAUGUGAACCAGGAAGUGACCCCUCCAGAUGACAGAAAAACUCUUCUUAUCUCUGUGGCUGCAAUCUCCUGGGCAGUUGAAUGCGCAUGGUACUCCAGCUGUUUCCCUCCCUCCCACCCUCUGUGUGGCCCCGGGCACUAGCAAGCUAUGCUAUGUCACUGGAUAGGUUUGAAGCAAACCUGAAAUAAACUCCUUUAGAACCACGGGGCUAACUUCCAGUUGUGCAGUGAUGGAAUUAAAAUAGCACACAGAGCUUUACUUUUGUAUUGCUAAGUCUGGCCAGAAUGUACUGCAGAACUGUGAAGAUGCUUCUCGGUUGCUUGGAUGAAGGAUGGAAAGAUGUAUGUGUGUAGAAACCUUUGAUUUAUAUGUGGCUAGAACGGAAGGAAGAAUAGCAUCAAUCGGUUCAUCCACUUUUGUCUCUGGCCCUGACCAGCACUUGCAUGUGACCCCCAGAAUGUUCCCAGGAUGGAAUGUGGACUGGCAAAGAUUCUACCCCUGUUGCCGACACAUUUGUAACAUCAACAGAAACAUUACAUUCAGCACAGAUGCCUGGAUAUGGAAGCCUCACUUGUGAAAAUUCCCUUAGGUCUUGUCUAGAUAACAAUAAAAUAUCAUGAUUAGAACAGAAAGUGGUAGCAUAACAACAACAACAACAACAACAACAACAAUAAUAAUAAAUUUAUACCCAGCCCAUUUGGCUGGGUCUCCCCAGCCACUCUGGGCAGCUUCCAACAGAAUAUUAAAAACACGAUAAAACAUCAAACAUUAAAAACUUCCCUAAACAGGGUUGCCUUCAAAUGUCUUCUAAAAGUCAGGUGUUUAUUUCUUUGACAUCUGAUGGGAGGUCAUUCCACGGGGUGGGCACCACUACCAAGAAGGCCCUCUGCCUUGUUCCCUGUAACCUCACUUCUCACAGUGAGGGAGCCACCAGAAGGCCCUCGGAGCUGGACCUCAAUGCUGAGCAAAGGGGGUGGAGAUGCUCCUUCAGGUAUACUGGACUGAGGCUGUUUAGGGCUUCAAAGGUCAGCACCAACACUUUGAAUUGUGCUCAGAUAUCCCAUAUCCAGCUAUAAUAUGAAACCAUGGUUUGUUUUAGCACAUUGACCUGACCAUGGUUUCUUUGGUGCCAGCAAACCAGGAUCUUGAAGUCAGAGUUUGAAGCUGGUUUGUGAAGCUCAGCUGCUGCUAAGCAUGGUUAGCUGCUGUUAUGAUUGAAUUCCUGGACCAUUGGCAAGCCACAUAUGGGGCCAUUGCUCUGCAUUUGAGCGGCUGCCACACCAAGGAGCUGGGAAGGAACAUAUGAACUUAGAAAGCGGAAUCCUGCGCCGAUCUGAGAGAAAUCAAAGCAGACAAACAACUGAGAACGAGAAGCUGUGGUUUUGUAUCGACUGACUAGUCAUUAACUAGUCCAGUCUUGUAGAUACACCCACAACAUUUACCAGCCCUGGGGUGGGGUGGGGGACUAGCCUAAGCGCCCCCGGUGUCUGUGCUGAUUGCAGCCAGCAUGUAAACCAAGCUGGUUAGCAUAGAAGCAAUUGUUUUAUUUCCAAGCUGGGUGUGACAUAAGAAACACCCUCUCUUCUGUGGCAGUAGGAUGGCAGGACAAGGAUGGAGAACUCUACCCCUCCUUUCCCAGGCAGCCUGCUCACCUGCAUAGAAUUUCCUGUUGCCUAUGGGAACCCAGUGAGACAAGGAUUUAUAUUGUUUGAUUGUCUUCUGAAAAUAUCCGAUUCAUUGUUGAAUGGUGACACUAGCUGCUUUGGGCUUCCUUAGGGAGGGAAAUCAGCCCUGAGUGCUCACUGGAAGGACAGAUCGUGAAGCUGAGGCUCCAAUACUUUGGCCACCUCAUGAGAAGAGAAGACUCCCUGGAAAAGACCCUGAUGUUGGGAAAGAUUGAGGGCACAAGGAGAAGGGGACAACAGAGGACGAGAUGGUUGGACAGUGUUCUCGAAGCUACCAGCAUGAGUUUGACCAAACUGCGGGAGGCAGUGGAAGACAGGAGUGCCUGGCGUGCUCUGGCCCAUGGGGUCACGAAGAGUUGGACACGACUAAACGACUAAACAACAACAACAAAGGGAGGGGAAAGUGAGAUAAAAACAUUGGGAGGCGUUGAGUGGUUCCCAAUCUCCCCACUCUCCCCCCCCCCCACUUCAAUGGACAGGCAAUUGAUGUGGGUUCUUUCACGAGGGGACAGACGAUGGGUGGUUUUGGCGACGCGUGCAAGUGGCAGCGUAGGUCAGGAAAGUGAGUGAUUUUUGGCAAACCCCCCUAAAAAAGGCUCCACAAUUCUGCCCCAAAAAAGCUCAACAACUCUGGGCAAUCUACCCCCAUUUUUUAAUUUGGAGUCCCCCAAAAUAGGGGGUUCUUAUACACAGGGAUGUCUUAUACACGGCGGCAUAUUAAACACAGAAAAAUACAGUAAACGAAGACUCUGAAUGUUGCAAACGAUCAAAUGCCAAAGGACAACCAAAGACUUGCCACGGCUGAAAAUGAAACUCAGCAUUUCUUGCAGCUUCGACUGGAAGGCGUCCAAGCACACGAUGAUGUGGGAACCUCACUAACGCCAACCUGAUUCCUACGCUCGGCUUGAGAAGGAACCCAGCUUUGCAGCGGCUUUGCAAUAAGUCUUGUUUUAUUCCGCUUAUAAAAAGAUGAUGCUCUGAUAAUUACAGGCGGGAUAAAGAUCAAACAAUGUCACGGGCGCUAUUCCAGCAGCCUCACAUUCUACCCAGCACAGAGUAGGAGGCAGAAGCAAAACAGAAUCUUCCUCGAUAACCAAUGCCAACGUGUUCUGCAUGUACCUACCUUACCAGGAAGGGCGAGUGUGCCACUGGGUUGUGAAGCUUCAUUCAAGGAGGUGCGAAAUGGUAUCUCUUGUGAUCAUGGUUACCCAGGGAGACCAUGGCUGUGCUGGGAUUUGAGCUUUCACUUCCCGGACCUAGGUCUAACACAAUCCGUACCAUACAUCUGAAGGACUCUACAAUAGUCCUGGCUUCCAAUGAUGUGCAGUGAACUUUUUCAUAGGGGAACAGUUACGGCCAGAGGUGCCAGCUUGCGAGAUGUUGUGACGUCCUGAUGUCGCAUGUACAAAUAUCGUGCCUUCCUCCUUAAGCUGGGCAGAAGCUUCCUGGGCUUUGGGAAGGAGGCAUCAGGGCUCUGGCAGGAUGCUAGAGCCCUCCUGCCUCCUUUCCAAGGCCAGGUAGGCUUUGGGUAGGUGGCAGGAGGGCUCUUGGACCCAUCAGAGCUUCGUGCCUCCCUCCCUAAGCUGGGCAGAAGCUUCCCAGGCUUUGGGAAGGAGGCACCAGGGGAACAUUAAGGGGACUAGCGUAGGCUGGAUCUGCACGGGGGGGGCCCGCUAAAUUAGAUCGUUAUAACAAAAAGAAAGAAAAAACCCUAUGUAAAGUCUCAUAGACAAAGUUUUGUGCUCUACAGUGCCCUCUGGUGCUGCAUCUUUACAAUGGAGUUACAACAAUAUAACUGAGUCCCCCUAGUACACCGACCGCACACCACUGCUGGCUUCCACCAAAGAAUUCUGGGAACUGUAGUUGGUUAAGGGUCUGGUGAGGGAUCUGCUGACCGCUCUCAGCAUCCUUGACCACCCCCUUGACACCUGGAGGGAGGGCGGAAUUAAUGAUUAGUACUUCAAAGUAUCAAAAUAACUGACCAUUCGAAAGCAAAUGAAUAAAGGAGGUUUAGUUUUUUGGAACAGCAAAUGGUACCCGGAAUCAGAGAAGCAAGCAUGUUUGUAUCCGGGAGAGCAAAAAGGAUGCUGGUGAUGCUGCUGUAAGGAUAAGCUAGCGCGUUUGGAGAGGGGGCUGCUGUGUACCCCUCCACUAAAGACUCAAGGUUGUGUGUAGGUGUCAAAUAAACCACAUAUCAUUAAGACAUAUUAGCCCACAUUGUGCCUAAUUUCUCCAAAGGAACAUAGACCCUGCAUGAGAGCCUGGAACCGCCCCCGCCCCCCGGAUUUCGCUACCAUUCGGCCGAAUGUGGGGACGGUGCCCAACUUUCGUAGCAAUAUUAACAACAGGGAGGGACACAACAGAGGAAAUGCCGCAGCUACGCCCUUCCAAACUCACUUGGUGGUUUUGGAGAGUGGAUGUGAGCCACGUUUUUAAUAUCCUAGUGUUCUGAUCACUCCACGGCAUUGCGGGAAAUUUGAAAUGGCAGAUCUGUCUCCCAUGGGGCUUGCCAAUUGCCCGAGGGUGAUGAGUUGAUGAAAUAUCUCACCCCCAGAGGCAAAGCGGCAAGGUGUCAAAUGAGUUAGGGGCCUGUCUGAAGAGAAGGUAAGUGAGAAGCCCGAAUGAGGGUAUAUUAUACUACAAAGUUUUGUUUCAGUUCCCAGUAUUCUUGUGGAGGGGAGGGAGUGCCAUACCAGCUAAGUGAUAUAAGCCACAGCUUCCCCCAAAUAAUGAUCUAGAUAAGGAUGACAGGGUGUUCCGAAUUCUGUUAGGUUUCCUUUCCCCAUUCUCACAAAAUUACAGUCCCCAGCGGGCUCCUUGGGAAGAAGGAAUGAUGAUUAAACCCAUUUAUAGCCUUUGGCAGUGAAAAAUUGCCAGAUUAUCUCUCCCCUUCCUUUGCUGCCCCACCCCCCCACCCCCAUAAAUUGUGCAAGCAGAAAUGAAGGAUGUGUUUGCAAUUGUAUAAAUGAAGUAUGGUAAUGCCAUGGCUCUGAUUUGCAUAAAGCUUACAUCUAAUUUGCAUGGUGUGUGAAGGAAGUUGCCAGACUGGGGGUCCUGAAUAUGGUGAUGCUGUGCUGAGACCCAGUCAAAACUGGCAGGAAGAAACCACAUGCAGAUCAUUAAAAGGAAACUGAGUUUAAAUUUGCAGGUUGCGGUGGGUGGCUGGGAAGGGAUACACAGAGAGACUCCAACAGCAGUCGAGUCCAGCUCUCUUCAUGCAUUAUAAAUUUGUAUCUGUGGGGAAAGCCCUGCUCUUUCUUGCAAAAAGCAAGAAACUGCAAGCACAUUUGGCUAGGCACAAUAGAAUUUCCUCUGCGAUUGGAAACUGAUUGCUUGGCUUGGAGGAGAAAUUUGAUUCCCUUCACAGCAAAAGGCCGACCUACCUAAUUUGCACUUUCGGAUACAAUAUAUAAAACAAAAGAUUGUUAGCCUCCAAAUUCUCCAAAUUUUACAUUGCAGUUCUCUAGCCAAGUAGGCCACUUUAUGUGCACAAAACAGCAUACUAAGGGGAAAGUACACACUAAAAGGGACGCAGGUGGCGCUGUGGGUUAAACCACAGAGCCUUGGGCUUGCUGAUCGGAAGGUUGGCGGUUCGAAUCCCCGCGACGGGGUGAGCUCCCGUUGCUCGGUCCCUGCUCCUGCCAACCUAGCAGUUCGAAAGCACGUCAAAGUGCAAGUAGAUAAAUAGGUACCGCUCUGGCUGGAAGGUAAAUGGCGUUUCCAUGCGCUGCUCUGGUUCGCCAGAAGUGGCUUAGUCAUGCUGACCACAUGACCCAGAAGCUGUACACCGGCUCCCUCGGCCAGUAAAGGGAGAUGAGCGCCGCAACUCUAGAGUCGGCCACGACUGGACCUAAUGGUCAGGGGUCCCUUUACCUUUACCUUACACACUAAAAUGCAUACAGUUGUACCUUGGUUUUCGAACAGCUUAGUUCUCGAAAGUUUUGGCUCCUGAGUGCUGCAAACUCGGAGAUGAAUAUUCUGGUUUGUGAACUAUUUUUGAAGCUGAACAUCCGACGGGGCUUCUGCAGCUUCUGAUUGGCUGCAGGAGCUUCGGGCAGCCAACCAGAAGCCGCGCUUUGGUUUCCAAAUGUUUUGGAAGUCGAACGGACUUCCGGAAUGGAUUCCGUUUGACUUCCAAGGUACAACUGUAUAUUUGUGAAAUUACGCACAUGUAUUCUAUUGGAGAAAUUGCUUCGGGGAAGGGAGGAAUGUGUGUUGAAACAAAAACAUGUAUUUGGGGGGUGGGAUCUCAUUAAAAUGCUGGUGAAUUUUCAUAACGAUUCAUUUAAGAAUAACAAUAAUCACAAACUGAUGUGGAAAUGUAGAGAAUUGAACUUAAGAUAGCAAGAAAUGAGAAACUGAAAGAAACCAAAAUGGAUAGAUUUGCUGACCCCUACUGAUUGCACAAAAAGGGACACGGGUGGUGCUGUGGGUUAAACCACAGAGCCUAGGACUUGCCGAUCAGGAGGUCGGCGGUUCGAAUCCCUGCGGCGGGGUGAGCUCCCGUUGCUCGGUCCCUGCUCCUGCCCACCUAGCAGUUCGAAAGCACAUCAAAGUGCAAGUAGAUAAAUAGGUACCACUCCGACGGGAAGGUAAACGGCGUUUCCAUGCGCUGCUCUGGUUCGGCAGAAGCGGCUUAGUCAUGCUGGCCACAUGACCCAGAAGCUGUAAGCCAGCUCCCUCGGCCAGUAAACGAGAUGAGCACUGCAACCCCAGAGUCGGUCACGACUGGACUUAAUGGUCAGGGGUCCCUUUACCUUUACCUUCUGAUUGCACAAAUCCAUGCAUGUGGGAGAUUAUAAAUACAUUCAAGUAUACAUUCAAUGCACACUUAAAAUCUCACUCCAGACCUUCCUGGUCAACCCAGGGUGCAGCAGGUAUGAAUGGCUCUCGCUUCAAAUUUAGAAUGGCUGAAGAGGAUUUAUCUGUCUGUCUCUUUAGUUACUGGUAGUUUAAGAUUAAAGCUUGUAUACCCUGUAGUCAGAAUGGUUCAUGUUUGGGGAGGGCCUUGUGUGUUGAGGGGAACCCCCUGAAAGUGGAAUGCAUCAUCAGAAACCGUGUAUGCAACUGAACUGUUGGGAAAGAAUGAACUGUAUUGCGUUCUUGGGCUCCAAAAAUAUUCCUUGUCCCUGAACCUCUUCCAUGGAAUUAUCUUACCCCAGGGGAGAUUGACUGAACAAUUAUUUAACUCUAUAUAAAAAGAGAGAGAGAGGAAGGAGAUUUCCAGAUAUGAUCUGUAGGGAAGAUUAUCUCCUGUAGCUAAUUGAUCUCAGGGUUGGGUUUGUUUUUGAAAAAGAGACGUGUCCCUGCUUGUCCGGCCUUUGGCUUGGAAGUCCUUCCUGGUAACCAUAGAUAAGAGAAGGGAAGACUGGCUGUGGUCGUUCAGUGGUGAGGGAAAGGCACUCUGCACAUGCUCAAAGGGCAAAGAGAUCACACAAAUAAUAGCAGAGUCCUGACAAUGAGUACCUUUUCCAAGGGCUAAACAACUGUUGCUGAAAAUAAAGGCUUGCUCUCAGACCCCCAAUAUAGGGUGCAAGCCCCCACUUGUUCCUGCUGCUCCUAUUAGUCGGUCUGUCUGUGGAAUAAGUUGCCAUGAUUGUGCUAAGUUUCUGUUUGGGGCAGGAACCAGGGCAUAAAGAACUCAGGACCACCGAGUCUUAUACUGUCUAGACCUACUGGUAGAUUACUGGGUGAUUUAACGUAUCCCCCAACUUCCUUUCUUGUUCCCAAAAAACCCCUGCUCCACGCAACUCCUCGCCAUCUGCCUGCCUAGUUUUUAAAAGGAACAUUUUUUCCUGCGAGCACAGCCUCCCCUCUCCUGCUUUCAAUCCUGAACCUUUUUCCGCCCACAUGGCAACUCUGUUUUGCACAGAUGCAAGGAUUUCUCUGGGCAAGGCCACCAACACCUUAUGUCUUAUCCCAGGUGAAGCUGUGGCUUGGAAAGGGAGCUUAGCCACUGGCCUAGAAUCUUCCCUUCAAUCCUUCAAAUGUUAUCGAAACACUACUUUAUUUUCUACCAUUUCACUAACAGAUCCUGUUACAAUAACAAGCUAAGGAGAGCCAUUCUGAAUCAGAACCCUCCAAAUGUCCCAGUUUUCCGGGGACAGCUCCAGAAUUAUAGAAGCUGUCCUGGGUUCUGAUUUGAUCCCAGAAUGCCCCUAUUUCCCCUGCCAGGGCUGCUGCUGCCAAGCUCAGGAGGGAGGAUGAGCCAGUGUUUGUUUCAUGUGGCGGCAGUGGUGGCAGCUACGGCUGUGAGGACUUCUCCAUGGCCACCACCGCUGACCUCCUCCCUUGGGCAGCUUUUAGUGGCUGGAGAACAGGACAGGAGGAGAGGUUGGCACCGCCAAGGCCCAGCCCCUCGUGUUCUGCAGACCAGCUUACCCUUAGAUCUGAGCCCAAACCAAAAACCCCGGACAUUUUGGAUAAUGAAAAUGAUGGCCUAUGCAGAAAUGGUGAAGCUAACUGGGAAAAUCAGGCACCAAGAGGACAACAAAUUUAGCAAAGAAUGGCAUAACUUUAUAGAAUAUAUUAAAGGUCACUGUAAACAUUUAAAAAACGUCAGCAGGAUUGAUAUAGCGCUUGCAAUUUAAAAUGAUAACGGAUAAAAAAUGGAAAUGUAAUGUUAGAUAAAUGCAAUUAGAUGCAGAAAAAAAGGAAGGAAAUUUUUGGAAGCCAUGGGACGGGUAGAGGCAAGUCCGGGGGUUCAGGGAACCCCAUAAAUGUAUUGGUAUGUACUAUGGUGUUAAUGUAAAUGUGUGUGUGUGUGUAGAAAAUGAUUUGUUUUUUUUUUUAAUUUGAAAAUUAUUUUUUUUAAAAAAUGGACAUUUUGCCAAAUUUUAAAAUUCCGCCUGGACAGACAAUGUAAUACUGAAAAUGUCCAGGAAAACAAGGACAUGUGGUAACGUUAGUAUAAUGGCAUUAUGAUGUCAACAGUCUUAUUUUCAGAACUUUUCCCAACAACCCCUGGUAUGGAAUUUGCCUUUGUAGAGCUCCCUUUAUGAUCUUGGAUAAUUCUCAGAUAUAUAUGGUUUACUGCUUUCUCGGUUCAUCUGAUGAUGAUCCAUCAUAAAAAACUUUUAUUUCCAAGACCAAUCUACAAAUUACAGCUCUCACAGUGAAAGUGCUUGAAAAAGCCUCCACGUGGCAACUGUUCCACAUCUAAUGAGCUGUGCUGUGAGCUGCCUCCUACCUAGAUCACUACCAUCAGGAGAAGAGUUUUCACAACACCAUCAACACCCAUGGCCAGCCCAAGACAGGUUAUUAUUGCCUGAAGCAGAGCAGAAAAUCAAGUACCAAAAACCAGCCAAGUUAUGUUGGCACCUGAAGCAGAAACUCCCCCUCCUUGGCAGUAAAAAAUAUGCAACAACAUGACACACAAAAUUAGAUGCCUGAGGCAGCUUUCUCACUCUGCCUAAAUGGUAGGGCUGGCUCUGUCAGAAUUGAACCCAGAAUUUUGGAUGGUGGUAUGAAGACUCCAUGGACUCAGCUACACAGCUGCAAAUAAAAGGUUUUAAGUGUGUUGUAAAGUGCAAUGUACAACCAUGACACUAGAUGGUGACGGUGAGCUAUGACAAAUCCAAUAUAUUUUUCAAAAUGUGCUUUUUUUAAAAAAAGGAAUUUUCACGAUGUUCUUCAUAUGUGUGUAGAUUCCACACAUCUCAUGUUGACAAGCCAUGAAGGCAGAUAAGACGCAGUUUUCCCCUCCUAAAAAGUAAGGGGAAAUGUGUGUGCGUCUUAUGGAGCAAAUGCAGGCUGCGAGGCUAAGCCAGAAGCCAGAACAACGCUCCCUCUCUGCCCUGCGGAGGCUUCGCACGGCUAUCCCUGGCUUUUGCGGGAGAAAACCCCCAAGAAAAGCCCCCAAGAGCCACACUCCCUCUAAAGAGCGUGCGGCUCUUGCGGGAGGAGGGGGGAAAGCCAGGCUUGCUUUCGCUGAAGCCAGGAGGGCAAGAGGGAUUGGUGAGCACCGAUCCCACUUGCUCUCCUGGCUUCAGGGAUAGUCCCACAAAGCCUCCUGAGCGGAGGGAGGUGCACUCCCUCUUAGCUCAGGAGGCUUUGCGUUGCUUUCUUAUUUCUUGUUUUCCUCCCCUAAAAACUAAGUGCGUCUCAUGGUCCGGUGCGUCUAAUAGAGCGAAAAAUACGGCAACUAGAGCAUGCACCACUCUGGUGAGACAGUCCGCAGGUAGGUAGGGGCUCAGCCUGUGUACCAGAUGGAGCUGGUAAACAGCUGCGCUGGACACAGAAAUGACCUGCGCCUCCAUGCACAGCUGCGAGUCCAAAAUGACUCCCAGGCUGCGCACCUGGUCCUUCAGGGGCACAGUUAGCCCAUUCAGGACCAGGGAGUCCUCCACACCCACCCGCCCCCUGGUCCCCAAAUACAGUACUUCUGUCUUGUCAGGAUUCUACUUCAAUCUGUUAGCCGCCAUCCAUCCUUCAACCGCCUCCAGAAGAUCUACCACCAGGCAAAUAUAUGGUAAAAGGUUAAGAAAUGGAAAUAUUGUUAAAAAGGUGUAGUCAUAGGUAUAUCGGUACUCAAAUCUGAAAUGUUAAAUUGUGUUAUUAGUGUUAUUGCGGUUUUUGUUGUAUGUGUUUUUGGUGGUUGUUGUUAUUAUUGAAAAAAUGAUUAAAUAAAAAUAAAUAAUUAAAAAAAGAAAUGGAUCCCCAAUUGCAUGUUUAGGUUAAAAGCGGUAUAGAAAUUUGUGAUUUGCUUGCGUUGUUUUCUGGUUUUGUGCAAAUCUUAGGAAACAAAGUGUGAGUGGGGGAUAGAUACAUUUAUUUAUUUAUAACCCCACCUUCCAUUCAAAGGGGAUUCUUAGGAUGUAUCCCAUGUGUGCUUAAGCUGUGAUCUACCUCAGAAAUUACAGAAAGAUGGGGAACGCGAAGUGCAAUCUACCGGUAUUUUGUCCCGAAGAAAUAAAUGCAGUCCUAGCUUGUUUAUCUUAGCCUUGACAACUGUUCACAUUUGUGUGUUUUUUGACAGCUUGCAUCUCAACUGAUGCAUUCUGUAUUCAUUUACGGAAUAAACCAAAAUAAUUAGCUUGUCUAAUCAACAACACACAGGAUUUGGUUUGCUACCAGACUUGUUUUCUUUGCUAAUUUGCUCUCUUGUCUGCUGCUCUCCCUCUCCUGCCACUGUCACUCAGACACUUUAUUUUUACUAUGAAGGAAAAGGGGGGGGGGGGACUUGCGAGAGAUAGAUUACCUCAGCUACCUCUUUUGGUCCUCUUAACAGUAAACUUCUCAUGGGGGGCUUACAUUUUCUCAAGAUACUUAAGUAGUGGAUACACCGCUCAUAAAAGAUCUAAUAUCUUCCUCUCCUACUUUCUUUCAAAUGUGUUUUAAUUUUAAUAGGCAUCAUAUUUCCAGUUUUAGUUCUGCAUCUAUCGAUUUCUGAACCAUGAAAAUUUGGUGGGAGUGUGAGAGUCAAAGGAGGGGGAGAGAGAAUAAGAAUGGAUCGUACACAGAAUUAGAAAGCUAGAAAUGCAAAAUAUGUGGUACCCGUCACUAUCUUUGUUUUGAUUUUUGUGGAUAUGGAAAUGAAUUCUCUCCUGCUGGGAUUCCUAAUUCGAGGAGUGUGGUGGACACACCUCGCUGAGGCUAAACACAUAUUUGAGGCGAUAAAAUUGCAGGACUACCUUUUAUGAGAGACAACUGAUCUUUCCCUUCUGCAUCCUCCCAAAUUUAGUUGACUAGAAGGCAUUCCACGCCAAGGAAUGUCUUUGUAUAUUUUGUGUCCUUUGUAUAUUUCGCUUCCCCCCUCCACCCCACAAUUUUUAUUAAAUUUUCUGUUUUACAUUUUAGAAUAUUCAUUUAAACCACCUUAAAAUAUCAAUGACUUCCCUUCUUCUCUUUCCAUGGUUCAUUUUGCAUAACAUAAAUCCCUGCGUAUUUUAUAUAAACUAAACCAUUGAGUAUUCCAUUAUUACAUCCAUCAAAACUCAUUUACACUGUUGAAUUUAUCUUAAUGCUGCCCACGUUUUCAAAUAUACACAAUUCCCGCCCCCCAUAUAUUCAAUAAACAUUUCCCAAUUUUCUUUAAACAUAUGUUCUUCUUGUUCUCUUAUUCUAUAUGUUAGGUCCACAAGUAGCACAUAUUCCACCAGUUUAAGUUGCCAUUCUUCUUUAGUCGGGACUUGGCUCGUUUUCCAUUUUGGGGCUAACAAAACACGGUCUGUAGUAGUGGCAUACAUAAAUAGCCUUUUUUGACACCUGGGAACUUCUGUCUGAAUUAUCUCCAAUGAAAAGGACUUUUUAACCUGAGGCUCUUCUGCCCUUCCAUUGAAAAGAGGUUCUCUUUCUCCCUCUGUUGGUCAGAUGUGCUAUUGGUUAUUUCUUUCCUAAAAACAGAGGGUGCAGUCCCUCAAACGUUAGCCCUAAUUUUAGCAAUUCAGUGUGCCAUUUGUUGGCGAUAAGCUCUACUCAACUCAAAUGGGAUUUCCUUCCAUGUAAACACAUGUAACCCCAGGAGUUCUCCAAACUUACAACAAUAGCUAUCUAUCUAUCUAUUCAUCCAGAGCUUUUUUUCUGGGGGGCGGGCGGGGGGGGGGACGCAUAUCCCUAAAUAUCUUUGUACUUUUGUCCAUUUACUUUAUUUAUUUUCCCCGAUUUGAACUAUAAAAUGGUGAUUUUAUUGAGUCAAAAUGAGAGUACCCCUAAAUUUUUUUUUAGAAAAUAGCACUCUAUCUAUCUAUCUACCAUCUAGCUAGCUAGCAAGCUAGCUAUCUGUGUCUGUAUAUGUACACAUACAUACACACACAAAUGCAAAAAACUCUGAGGUCAGCUAUACAUUUUCUGUUCAAACAGCAAAUGAAAUGAUAAACCUGCUUUUCAAUUGUGCCACUUCAGGCUACACCAAAUUCAAGGAUGGAGGAGAAUAUCCCAAACUGAGAAAAGCUGACCAAAGGAGAGCCCUGUCUUCUAAAGCAGGAGUAUUCUGGAACAGCUGCAAAUAUAGGGGGAGAGAGUGUUCUUGGUACCUGCAAACACGUCUGUGGCUUUUUCAUAAUUCCUGUCAUGGCUUCUACUGUUCAUAACAUCGUUGCCAUGACUCCCCUGUGGCUCCCCCCUCCCAAAUGUGUUCUGAUGAACCAACAACCCCAGCGGUAAUUAUAAAGUAUUAUUUCAAAAUAACAGAAAGUCAUUAUUGGCACUUCAUGAGCACAAAAAAGAGGCCUACUCUCAUCUCGGAGAGGUUGACAGCUUCCUUUGAGCAUGUAGAGCUUAAUCGUUAGGCUACCUCAACACAUUGGGGCUAAACUAUAAUUCUAAAAAAAAAGGACAUUUUCAAACUGCAAUUAUCUUUCCCCAUCUUUAACAGUGUUAGAAAUGGAAUUUCCAAGCACAUGCCCUCAAAUUAUCAACAGCAACUACUGACACAGACAUGACAAUAAUAAGCAGCUACAAUUUAUUAAAAUGCAAAUGUGGAAGUGCGAUGCAGAGAAAAGAGCAGAUAUGUGUUGAAGGAAGACCAACGUUGUGUUGAAGACACACACAUGGCAAAUCCCAUGGAGCGGGCAAUGUUGAUUUAGAUUUGCUUCAUUAAAAAAGAAAAGAAAGGAAGGGAUACAUAGGAUAAAAAUCAAGCAUGUAUUCUUGGGACACCGGAUUAUUUUUGUCACUGCUUUCAGUGGAUGAUGGAUUUCAUUUCAUCAGUGCUCCCUGGAAGGGAUGACUGGCAAAGACUUUGUGCCUCGGUCAUUAACUAAGGUGCCAGUCUACAGGUUCAAGAAAAUGCAUGCAUAAAUGCAAUGGCCGCCGCUAAGUUAUUGGUUGCUAAAAAUUGGGAAUCGGAAGAAGUACCAUCUGUGGCAGAUUGGCAACAUAAUUUUUUUGAAAUGACUGAAUUAGCAAAAAUGACAGCAACAAUUAGAAGGCAAUCUAACCAAAAUCUCAAACAGGAAUGAAAGUGUGUGGAUGAAUACAUGAUUAAAAGAUGCUCCAACAAAAAUUGAUUGAUAUGUAUAGACUGAUCUCACAAAGUGAAUUUAAAUAGAUAUACAAGAAUGUAUGUUUAAUGAUUAAGAUACAAGAAUACAAUCACAAUAAUAAAGUUAUUUUUAAAAAAUUACGAAGUCACGCACGGAUGGAGGGAAGACAUAGGGUAAGACAAGAAGUAAGUAAAAGGUAAAGGUAAAGGGACCCCUGACCAUUAGGUCCAGUCGUGAACGACUCUGGGGUUGCAGCGCUCAUCUCGCUUUAUUGGCCGAGGGAGCCGGCAUACAGCUCCCGGGUCACGUGGCCAGCAUGACUAAGCCGCUUCUGGGGAACCAGAGCAGCGCACGGAAACGCCGUUUACCUUCCCACCGGAGUGGUACCUAUUUAUCUACUUGCAUUUUGACAUGCUUUCGAACUGCUAGGUUGGCAGCAGCAGGGACCGAGCAACGGGAACUCACCCCGUCGCGGGGAUUCAAACCGCCGACCUUCUGAUCGGCAAGUCCUAGGCUCUGUGAUUUAGACCACAGCACCACUCGCGUCCAAGAAGUAUGUAAGAAGUGACUAAAUGUUGGUACUUAAUGAAAUGAAAAAUGUGAAUUUGCAGGUAUGAUGUAUAUGUAAUAUUAUGUAAACAUUUUGUAUAUGUAUUGAGAUAUCAAUAAAUAAACAAGAGAGAAAGAGAGAGAGAGAGAGAGAGAGAGAGAGAGAGAAAGAAAGAAAGAAAGCAUAAAUACCUACGCUGCACCUGCUAGUACAAUGGGUAGGGCUUCCCUCCACCUUUUCCUCCUGUGCACCCAGCGCUGCCCCCAGCUUCACUCUGGAGGCUCAAGAGACCCCCAUCCCCCAGAACAGUACCGGGACGACGACGACAGGGGAUCGUUCCAUAGGGCAAGCAAAAAUGCAUGCACUUACGGAACAAGCAGAAAAACCCCUCACAAAAUUGAAUCCCUCUCUAAAUUAAUUCCAGGACAUCUCUCCCUGUCCAUCAUAUUUGCCCAUCUCUCAUAUAGUUCUGUUUACAGAGAGCACGUUACAACUUCUGGGCUAAAGAUAUGAUGACAGAUUUCUACCCCGCAUACAAAAUAAUAAUUCUGUCACUUUCUAUUUUUACCCGACUGCAUCCGGAGGGGACAGACAUCAAGGCUCACACCACCAUGAAAACAUAGAUGGACCAGUUGCCAUUUGCCUCCUCUGCUCUCAUAUCUGUCUCUGCAGUGGCCAGUCCAGCUGCCACUCUUAUUUCAUGUUUUUUAAAGGUACCUGAUUUAGCUUGCUUUCCUCUUCCCUCCCUAGUUGCUUUUCUUUUUAUAUCAUGCCCAUUAAAUUGAAAGCCUUUAAAAAAGUCUGUGUACAGUACUUUCUCGGCCCGUUACUACGAUGAAUGGAAUGUUCAGACGAAAUGCUAAUAAAGCAUAACCAUAAACCCAAAGACAACUUUGCAAUAAUCAUUCUGGCAUAAGACAUACAUUGUUUUGGGACAAAUGACUGUGAAUGAGUCUAAUAAUAAUAAUAAUAAUAAUAAUAAUAAUAAACCAACCUCACUUCUCACCUGCUCUGCCGCUGCUGUACACCUUGCCACAUCUUUCUUUCUUUUUUGCAUUUUAAUCCUUAUUAUUUUACAUAUUAAGUCCCUUCACCACAAACAGAAUGAAAGAAAAAACAGAUCAGAUCACAUCAAAUACAAAGAAAAUGUAACUUAUAAAAUAAUUUUUUCCCAUAUGUUAAGACUUCCGUCAUCUUCAGUAUGAGUCCUACGUUUCCUUGUUGACUACAUAUUUAUAUAUUCUUUAACUUAUCAUAAAUUCGUCAUAAUCUUUGUAGCAUAUACGGUAACAUUGCAGAAGUUAAUCAAAGCAUGUCAGAGAUUUCAAAAGGAGAACAAUGUUCUUUUAAAUAUAAUCUGAAUAAUUCCCAUUCUUUGUUGAACUUUUGGUUUGUCUGAUUCCUGAUUUUUCCUGUCAUCUUUGCCAUAUUCAAAUAGUUUCACCUGCCACUCCAUUUUAGUUUCACCUGCCACUCCAUUUUUUCUCCUUUCCACCCUUUAGCUAUUAACAUUCUCGCGGCAGUAGUUGCAUACAUGAAUACCUUUCUCUGUUCCUUCGAAAUAUCUGCAGCUAUGAUGACUAAAAGAAAGGCUUCUGGUUUUUUGAUAAAAGUUAGUUUGAACAUUUUUUUAAGCUCAUUAUAAAUAAUUUCCCAAAAGUUUUUUAUCUUAUUACAUUUCCACCACAUGUGUUACUUUGUUCCUCAGAUUCUUUAUGUUCGCCAGCUUGCUUGGUGUAAUGUACCAUCAAUAAAACAACCAAGUUAUUUUCUUUUAAAGUAUAGCAAGCUGUGAACUUCAAGCCCUUUCUCCAAAGUCUUUCCCAAGAUGCCAUUUAUAUCUUAUAACCAAAAUCUUUAGAUCACUGGAUCAUUACUGAUUUAACCUCCUUCACCACCUCCCAAUCCAACAGGAGCCUAUACUUCUUGGAAAGUAGUUUAUCCUUGCUUUGUAGUAAGUCUUUCUCAAGUUUCGGUAUUUCAGUGGUGAACCCUUUUCUUUUAUCUAAUUUAAAUAUAUCAUUCAACUGAUGGAAUUGUAACCGAUCAGUUAAGUAUUUUCUAAUUUCCUCAAACUUUUUCAAUUUUAAUCUUUCAAUGGUCUGGUUGUGCUGAUUUCAGGCAAGAUCUUCCCAAAAUGGGUGCCAUCUUCUGCAAAAUCAGCUCAGAUAGUGGCGGUGUUUCUCUGCUGCUGGCGGAAGCGGUGGGGUACCCGUGAGCAUGUUGUUUGGGGGGCGGGGCUUCUGCUGCUUGAGGCAGUGGCCUCAUCCUGCCUCAUGUACAUUGGAGGAACAGUGACCCAUCACCAGUGUCAAAACAAGAUUCUUCACUGCCAGUCUAAUCUGGUUCUAUAUGUGGUAAUUGGGGUAGGUGUGUGCCAUCUUGUUGUUGGCCUCAGGCAGCAAAAUGUCUUGAGCCACCUCUGCCUAUGAUGGAUGGGACUUGGAGAGCUUGAGGGUCCCUAACACUGACUUAGAUGAAAGGCAACUAAGGUGAUUUCACAGUGGCUGCAUGUCUGUAGCCAGGAGCUGAAAUUUCUGCAAACUACAGCAGGACAUAGGGAACUAAUGGCUGCUAUAAAUUAGCACACACAUAUAUCCUGGAAUUUUCUUCAUCCAGUAAAUAGUUCCUCUGCAUUAUAGAACAAUGCUAAAAUGCAUGUCUAAAUGUCUAGAAUGCAUCUCCCUUUUCCUUUCACAUAGCCAGGCAAGCUGUUAAAAGUCCUCACAGCAUCACUGAUUCCUUAGAAUAAUGUUUUAAACCUUCAGUGAUCUGUUUGCAGGUUAAUGUGCACUGAUAGUAAGAAGGCCCAAGUUGCUAAUUAAGAAGCCCCUGCCUUUGUUUUGUUCUGCUCCUCAUGUCUGGAAGCAGCCAUGAAUCUCUGAAACAGACACACGUUAUUUCUGGGAGGCAAUAAACAAUUUCGGAAGGAAUUCUUCCUGACAGAUCUGGAGCUGCCCUGGGGGCUUUCGCACAAAGUCAGCAGCAGUCUGUCACAACUGUCUGGCACCCAACAGCUCUGUUUCUGAGGAAUGAGCAACCGACCCCUUUUAUAAUGCAAGUGGGUAUCAAGACCCUGGCCUCUUAACUGCAGGACUGCAGCGUAACCCUCAUAUUCACAAUGGGAAGAUGUUCUAUGGCACCGAGGCUGUGAAAUCUGGGGCUCUGGCAGCGGGGAGCCACGUAUAUGAUGUAGCACCUCCAUGUGAACAGUAUAUAUAAUCCCCUGGGAUUUAUGGUGACUGCACUCUUCAGAGCUGUCAGUCAACAUGUAUUUAUCUAUAUCCCACCUUUUGCCCUGACAGGGACUCAGGGUGGCUUAGGGAUUAAAUAAGGGCAGCUGAAAACAAAGCAGGACAAAGCCCAAUAAGUAAAAAAACAAAACAAUUUAACAUAAAUAGAAUUAAAACUCUCUCUCUCUGUGUGUGUGUGUGUGUGUGUGUGUGUGUGUAAAAUCAGUUUAAAAAGGAAGGUAAGGGACCCCUGGAUGGUUAAGUCCAGUCAAAGGCGACUAUGGGGUUGCAACACUCAUCUCGCUUUCAGGCUGAGGGAGCUGGCGUUCGUCCACAGACAGCUUUCCCGGUCAUGUGGCCAGCAUGACUAAACCGCUUCUGGCGCAACGGGACACCUUGAUGGAAGUCAGAGUGCACAGAAACACUGUUUACCUUCCCACCACAGCGGUACCUAUUUAUCUACUUGCACUGGUGUGCUUUCAAACUGCUAGAUUGGCAGGAGCUGGGACAGAGUGACGGGAGCUCACCCCGUUGUGGGGAUUCGAACCGCCAACCUUCUGAUCGGCAAGCCCAAGAGGCUCAGUGGUUUAGAGCACAGUGCCCACCGCGCCCCCAAAAUCAAUUACAAUCAAACAGAUAAUACAAUAAAAAUAGCAUGGCACCAGCCCUUUCAUUAAGAGCAGUUAGUUCCCCAAAGCCUGUUGGAACAAGAAAGCUUUACCUGGUGGUGGAAAGACAACAAGGAAGGAGCUUCUCCAGGGAGGGAGGUCCAAGGUCUGGGAGCAGCUGCUGAGAAGGUCCUGUCCCACAUCCCUACCAACCAAGCGUAUCUGUGAGGGUGGAUGAACCAAGCAAGGGGCCUCCCUCGAAGAACUCAGAACCUUAGCAGGUGUGCUGGUGUGAGGCAAUUCCUAGGGUCCAACACUUACGCAGCCAAUCCGUCACACUUUCUGAGGUGUUGCUUUUCAAAUGCAGCGUUGGCCUAGCUACCCAGGCACUAUUAUGGACUACAUCAUCGGGGGUUCACCGAAGGAAAGAAACAGAAAGAAGUGAAGAGAGAACUGAGUGCCAUCUGCAAAACGCUGCAUUUGCAUACAAAUCUUUAGUGGAAUGAAUAGUAGCUGCCUAGGCCCAGGGCUUCAUGGCUUCUAGUCUCACAAAACAUUUUACAACCCAUUUCAAAACUGCUUCUGCAUCGCUCAGCUUUCAAAUAACCUCUCAUUGUUCCGCUCCAGCAUUUCUCAAGGGGAGGGCAGCACCAGCCCACCUGAGUUAUUACAGUAGAUUAGGAUAAGUGUUCCCAACAACAGAAGAGUCUUCAUCCUGGUAUCUAUUAAUGUCAAAUAAAACAUAAAGUUUAGCAUAAGAAUACUAUAAGGGUAAGCACAGCUGCCUAUUUUCUUGCAAAUCACCCUGUGGGUUUCCCCACCCCCAGCAAAAGGAACAUAAAAAGCAAGCCCUGCGUUAUUUUAUCGGCAAAAUAUUUCCCUCUAAUGUGCUUCUCAGCAAGAAAUGAACAUGUUGUGAAAUUACUUGGCCUAAUUUUAACUCUGUCGUUCAACGCAAAUCGUUUAACAUUCAACAUAAAAGGAUUUGAUGUAUAUAUACCCAUAGAUGCAGAUACACACACACACACAAAUACAAAUAUAUACAGUGGUACCUUGGGUUACAAACGCUUCAGGUUACAGACUCCGCUAACCCAGAAAUAGUACCUCGGGUUAAGAACUUUGCUUCAGGAUGAGAACAGAAAUCGUGCAGCGGCGACAGGAAGCCCCAUUAGCUAAAGUGGUGCUUAAGGUUAAGAACAGUUUCAGGUUAAGAACGGUCCUCUGGAAGGAAUUAAGUUCUUUACCUGAGGUAUCACUGUACAAGGACUCUUUUUUGUAUUGCUUAAUGAUACUUAUUUUGAGAGUUUCAUUCUUAGAAUCAGGAUACGACAGAAUGAACCCUCUCCCUGAAGUUGGAGGGGGAUCUGGAAGGUGGUUAAUUACCAGCGGUUGGUAAAUUAAAGCAAAACAACAGCAAAAACAGCAGCAACAGCAGCAAGAAACUUGAUUAGGUAAGUGCUGAUUCCAGUGCCCAGUUUUGUCAUAUAGGGCAGGUGAAAAAAAGACAUAACCAGCAAGGCCUUCUUAGUUGUCCUUUACUCUUUCGUUUUCAGGAAACCAAAUAUUAAGUACCUGGGUUACAAAACUGCUCCGAAAAGUCAAGCCCACUUCCUUUGACGUUCGCCUCCUACGAAUGACACACAAUCUAACACCCACCUACCAACCCUGAGAAACAUCUACAAAACCUGCAUCCACUUUCCUUCCAGCCAAAGAUAAAACGCCCCGCAGCUCACAAAGCAAAUAUAACGAGUGCUUACGUAAAAAGGAAGGGGGGGGGGGGAGAAACCAAGAGAGAAAGUCCUUAGUCAUCAGGAGUCUAUGCAGCAAUUUCGCUUGCUUUUGUAUUUAUCUGUUAUUAUUCGCUUUCAAACGCUAAACAAUGGGCAAUAUUUCUUUUGGUGGGAGAGCAGGGCUGAAACCAUAAUGGGAAGGCGGUUAUUUGAAAUGGAAGGGAAAGCCCAAUGGUGACAUAAAUCACUUCACUUUGUUCCAAAACACACCACACAUUUAGCUGUGACAAGAAUCGACUGGCUAGGCUUUGGAUUCAACAACACAUUAAGAAAAGAGGGAGAUGGCAGCUCUCUUAUGGCCAUAAUGGACCAGGGUUAGCUUGGGCGUCAUGGCGAUUCAAGUUCCCCAACAGCCAACCAAGUGUAGCAUCCCGUUCCCCACAGUGGCCAAUCAGAUGCUUUUUGUGGAGCCCACUAGGAGAUCAGGAGGGCAAUAGCCAUCUCCCAUUGUUGCUUCCCAGCAACCGGUAUUUAGAGGCCUAUUGCCUUUGAACCUGGAGCUUACAUACAGCAACCCCACAAAACAAAGUGAGGCUGGUGACUGCAGGGUCUUUUCAGUAGUGGCUCUUGAGUCGCAUCUGGUGUCAUGAAAUCAUAGAAUUGUAGGGACCCAAGGGUCAUCUAGUCCAAGCCCCCUGCAAUGCAGGAAGAUCAGCUAAAGCAUCCAUGACAGAUGGCCAUCCCACCUCUGCUUAAAAACCUCCAAGGAAGGAGAGCCCACAACCUCCUGUGGGUGACUGUUCCACUAGCAAACAGCUCUUCCUGUCAGAAAGGUUUUUAUUCUGAAUGUUUAGUCUAAAGUUGCCAAAAUUUUUUCAAAGAAUCCGGGGACACUUUUUGUUUUUGAAAAGAGAAAAAAAAGUUAUUUCAAAUAAUAACAAUUAAGAAGUAGUAUCUUCUCUUCUGUGGUCUCCUCUGUCGCACAGCCUUCCUCUGGGCCCCGGCCUGCUAUCUUUGAGUGCUAGCUGCCGUGGAGUAGGCUCGGGUCAGCCUGGGCUCUACCACGUGUCCUUUCCCUCCUGGUGCUCUCCUACCUCUCCUUCUCAGUCGCGGCGGCAGCAGUGGUGCGGCAAGGUCAGGGCUCCCAUCUUUUUUCUCAUUCCUCUUUCUCUCUCUUCCUUCUCCUCUCCUUCUCCCUGCGUCGGCCCCGGGGUUUUCCUGGCCCCUGAGCGCCACUGGGCAGUCAGCUGGGUGGCCAGGCACUCUUGUUCCCGGCUCAAUUUGGGUCAUGGGGGGUCAGCGGUUCCCCCAGUUGAUGCGCUGGGUGUCCCUGGUUCCCCCUUGGCAAUGGCAGCAGCAGUCUAAGCAGCUCGGAGCCAGCCUGGUAGUGCAGUUGGCUCUGGCUGGCUUCAGGAGCUGCUCGCUGCCAUGGCGUCCGCCCUUUUGCCUCACCAGAAGUCCCUAUAUGAUGUGUCUUGUGCCGUUGAACCAAUCACACAACAUUCAUUCCCUACUAAUAAAUCUACAACACUUAAAUCCGGGGACAUUAACUGAAAAUCCGGGGACAUUAACUGAAAUUAAUGGGGACGGGUUUUGUAAAUCCGGGGACUGUCCAUGGGAAACAGGGACAUCUGGUAACCAUAAUUUAGUCAGAAUCUCCUUUCUUGUAACUUGAAGCCAUCGGUUCAAGUCCUACCCUCCAGAGCAGGAGAAAAGAAGCUUGCUCCCUCUUUCAUGUGACAGCCCUUAAGAUAUCUGAAGAUGGUUAUCGUAUCUCCUCUCAGUCUCCUCUUUUGCAGGCUAAACAUACCCAGCUCCUUCAACCGUUCCUCAUAAGGCUUGGUUGAUCAUCUUGGUUGCCCUCCUUUGCACAUGUUCUAGCCUGUCAACAUCCUUCUUAAAUUGUGGUGCCCAGAAUUGGACACAGUACUCUAGGUGUGCUCCGCCCAAGGCCCAAUAGAGUGGUACUAUUACUUCCCUUGAUCUGGACAGUAGACUUCUGUUGAUGCAGCCUAGAAUAGAGUUAGCCUUUUUUUGGCGUCAUAUUUAUGGUCCUUCUAGCAUCAGGUUAAGAUGCUUCUGUUCAGCCAAGCUCUUGCUUUACUGGUCUUUAAGAAGAAAUUUUUGUUUCAAUGGUUCUUGUGCUUAUUUGUGUAUUUUAGGCAUAUUUACUAGGAAAUAUGCCCCGUUGAAGACUGUGGACCAUGCAUAGGAUUGCAUUGUUAAUUGUUUUACUGCAUUGUUUCUGUUUAACUGGAAAUGUGUUGUUUAAUAUUUCAUUUUAUUAAAUUGUCUUUAAGGUGCUCUGAGCACCUUUAAGUAAAAAAUAAAUCAGAAAAGUGGAGCAGGAGGAGGAUACAUAAUUCAAUUUGCAACUGCGGCAGCUUAAGCCCGGUGUGAGAAUUUCCUUAUUUAUAUUCCUGUGCUUUGAAGUCUUCAUUUUGAAUACUUGGAACAGACUUUGUUUUACUUCAAUGUAUCAGCUUCCCAGGCAGCUGCCUUCUUUAGAUAAGUGUGUGUCUUACCCAAGAAACAGGAUAUGCGGGGAUAUUGAUUUAAAAAAAAAGAUUCCAAACCAAGUUAUUUUAUUUUACUAAGCAGGAAUUAAUAAUAAUAAUUAUUAUUUUACUAUUUAUACCCUAAAGUACAAAAUAAAAAGGAAAUUGGUACAGUCACAUAGCAUCAUGGCACUGUUUACAUUUUGAUAGCAAGCCUUGUCUUUAAUAUAGGUUACAGAAAUAAUAAGAGGACUUUCCAGAUAUGGCUCCCCACCUGUGGAAUGCCAACUUCUUUUCGGCGCCAGGUAAAGAAUUACCGUAUUUUUCGCGCUAUAAGACGCACCAGACCACAAGACGCACCUAAUUUUUGGAGGAGGAAAACAAGAAAAAAAAUAUUCUGAAUCUCAGAAGCCAGAACAGCAAGAUGGAUCGCUGCGCAGUGAAAGCAGCAAUCCCUCUUGCUGUUCUGGCUUCUGGGAUAGCUGCGCAGCCUGCAUUCACUCCAUAAGACGCACACACAUUUCCCCUUACUUUUUAGGAGGGAAAAAGUGAGUCUUAUAGAGCAAAAAAUACGGUACCUUUUUCUCCAAGCCUUAGAUGGGCUGUGCUGAUUCUGUUGUAUUGUUAAUGUGCUGCACACCUUCCUAUGACUGUUCUUGAGAUAGAAUGCCAUUAUUAUUAUUAUUAUUAUUAUUAUUAUUAUUACCCAUCCUUGUCCCUGGAUGAGUUACAGCAAUUUAAAAAUUCUGUUUAUGUUUCUAAAUGUAAGUCAUUUGGGGACCUUCUAGGUAGCAAGCAACUAAUAAGUUUAAUUAUUAUUAAUAGUAAUAAUAGCAACACAUAAAAAAUAUAUGAUGGCAUACCAGACCCACAACCACAGAGAAUUUUCCCAUAAAGAUAAAACGGUAAGUUGCAAUGCAUUUCCCAAAUGUUAUCACAUUUCCUUUUUCAUGUCCCAGCCUGAUUACAAUUAAUGCAGCAAUUUUCUUUGACUUUGAUUAAGCCCCUAUUUUUACCAUUAAAGCGGGGUAAGUUUAGCAACAUUUAGUGGAGACAGAUAAAAUACAAACAAUUGCUACUUUAGAAACCAUAUGUGGCUAGACGUUACAAAGACGUGCUAUCAAAAAUCUCAAGUGCUAAUUAAUUAUACUUUCUGAUAUGUGUUUGGAAUAAAGUGGGAUUUCACAUUUUGCUCGCUUUGAAAAACUGGCUGGUGAGUUUGAAAAUAGCCGAGGAACUUCAAGUUGCUUAUCUGAAAAGAAGGAAUCUUGGCAGAAGCAAGAACUUGCUGGUCUGUCGUGCUAACUGUUUCUCUUUAACAAGGUCAGAAUAAGUAUUUCAAAGCUUUCAUUAUUUGUGCAAGAAUAGACGUUGUGUCUGGUUUGGGUUUAGGGGAUUUGGGUGUCUGAGUUAAUCUGACACCUGCUUUGAGACAGUCUACCAUUUUCCUGCCAAACAAGCUGGAAAAACCUGUCACACAACAUACAGAACAGCUUACAAAAACAAAGCCUCACCCUGAAUAUUUAUAUUUUAUUUUUAUUUUUUUCAACUUUAUAUAUUUGAUUUUCCAUAGAAAAAAUUACACUCACACCACAACAUAUUAUAUAAAAACAGGAUUCUCACGAAUCCUCUGAACUUCCCUCCUCCCCUUUGUGGUUCUUUUUGUUAAACCUUUCCUACUGCAUCUUUUAAUAGUCCAAAAUUUUAUAUCUCCAUUAUAUCCAUAGUCCUUGUCAGUGCUUUUUUUCUGGCGGGACGCAUACCACUAAACAUUUUGUGAAUCUUUGUACUUUUGUCCAUCUACUGUAUUUGUUUUUCUCGAUUUGAACUAUACAAUGGUAACUUUCUUAAGUCAAAGUGAGAGUACCCCUAAACAUUUUUUUAGGAAAAAAGCACUGGUUCUUGUUACAUUACAAGUGUUAUUGCAAUCCCGCUAACAAUUUUAACUGUUUACAGUUGUCUUUAAGGUAAGUUAUAAAUUUCCCCCAUUCCUUAUUAAAGUUUUGGUCUUCCUGAUUUCUGAUUUUUCCAGUCAUUUUUGCCAUCUCAUCAUAGUCCAUCAACUUGAUCUGCCAUUCUUCUCUGGUAGGGACUUUGUCUUCUUUCCAUCUCCCUCUUUCUCUCUCUCUCUUUUACUGAAUACUUAUAUUUUAACUUAUAAGAGCCUCUUUCUUCCAAAAUGGUUAUUAUUUAUUGACAAUAGCUUUCUGGCUUUGUCUUAACCUGCAUAACCUAGUUGGAUUGUUAUUCUACAGGUUAAAGUUUUCCACAGAGAUGAGGGACCUGCAGGCACUUCAGAGGUUGAUAAACUAUGGUUCUUUAUCGCCCUUCACUAUCAGCCAAGCUGGCUGGGCGCUAAUGGGAAUUACAAUGGAAUUGUUAUAAGAAAAACUGCUCCCUUUCCCUUAUGGGGUAUUGCAGAGCCUGUAUAGAGUCCUUAAGUGGGUUCCCUAUCGGUAGGAGAAAACAGAGGCCAACCAGAGUAUAUUGAGAAGCAAAGCGGCUAGUAAGCCCGAUCUUUAUUAAAGGAACUGUUGCAACACUCACCAUGCGCAGUAGAGAGGAGAACCCUGAACAAUGGUGCGCAAGCCCUUAUAUAGACUUUUGAAAUUGCCCACCCUGUAGCCCAAGACCCCCCCUCCCUGAAACAUCAUACAUACAUCACAGAAGGAGGCGGUCUACAGCAGAAAGCCUGCCUGCCAGUAUACCUGAUAAUGGUCACUGAUUGCAUUACCUGGGCAGCCUGGCCAUUCUUUUGUGAUGGUUAAUACUUUAGUUCCUGAAUCCAGGUCACAGGCUCACCCUAUUCAUGCAUAAAUACGCCCCUAAGACAGGAUUUGCGAGGAAAAGGACAGUGGGAAGGCUUUCCCCAUUUGCCUCCCUUACUGCAGAGCAAUAUAUGUGGUCAUUGGGAAAGUCAAAAUGGCUUCAGGAUUGCUCUCCCAUACCAUUUCAGACACAUGGUUCAUAUAUUUAGAUAUGUGUGCAUUUGUGAAUAUUUAUUCUAUAUUUGAGACCUUAAAAUUCUUAUAACAAAAUCUAGACGUCCACAGUUCCACCACCUAUGUCAAUAUAGGGAUGAUAUAAUAGUGAAGUCCCCCCCCCUUAAAUGUGUCCCUUACUUUCAAUAUACCUGAAACCACUCUGCCUUUUGAGAGAAUGGAGUAAAAUAUUGAGAAGUAAAUAAAAGAAAUUUGUCAGGAACAACUAAUUAACUGCAAGUCAGAAGGAGACUUCUGGUUUGUUAACUAGGCUGAAGUGACCUAAUCAUUUGGUCUUUAUGUCCACCUCCUCAAAUACACUUUAUCAUGAUUUCCCCCUUCUGCAUUUGCUGACACGAAGAGGGAAGUGUUAUUUUCUGACACCCAUACAAGUACUGUGGGACAGAUUGCCAAAAGUUCAAUAUGUGGGGGAUAUUUUUGUAUCUCAAAGCCUCAUUCCACCCAUGCAAUUCAGCGACGUCGGAAAUGUUUUGUGCCCAAUUCAAUGGGCCAUUCGUGCUUGCUUGCUCUGUUUUUACAGUUUGUGACUCCUGACAUGGUGGCACUUCUGUCGAGUGGCGCUGAACUUCCUGCCUCGCCGUUUUUCUUGCCUAAAUGUUUGCACUUUGCUAUCAAUGCGAUCUGCAGUAACUGUCAGAGAGCUGCACAUUGCUUCUCUCAAUUAAGAGGAGAAUGUAGCUCUAGGGGACGGUGGCCUAUCAAGAACGAUUAGAAGGCUUUGCCUGAAUUCUAAGGAGGGAGCUCCAUCAAGCAGUUUAUAAUAGCUGUAGGGAACUGGCUUGUGUCUGUACAGAGUUCCUUGAUAAACAGGCUUCUAAAAGUAGCAGGAGAGCCUUAAGAGUUGAUUCUUCUCCAACAGGAACGGAAAAUAUUACAGCAGGGGUGAGGAACUUGCGGCCUCUCAGAAGUUGUGGGACUACAACUUCUAUCAUCCCUGAUGACUGGCCAUGCUACAACUAAUUUUAGACUCACAGUUGUCCAUGGAGGCACAGGUCAACUCUAUGUCCAGGGCAGCUGUAUACCAGCUCCAUCUGGUACGCCGCCUGAGACCUUACCUGCCUGUGGACUGUCUCACCAGAGUUUUCUCUAGUUAUCUCCCACUUGGACUGCUGAUAUGUGCUCUGCGUGGGGCUUCCUUUGAAAGUGACCCGGAAACUACAACUAAUCCAGAAUGCAGCAGCUAGACUGGUGACUGGGAGUGGCCACUGAGACUAUAUAACACCGGUCCUGAAAGACCUACAUUGGCUCCCAGUACAUUUCCAAGCACAAUUCAAAGUGUUGGUGCUGACCUUUAAAGCCCUAAAUGGCCUCGGUCCAGUAUACCUGAAGGAGCGUCUCCAGGAAUUCAGUCAUAACAGCAGCUAACUAUGCUUAGCAGCAGCUGAGCUUCACAAACCAGCUUCAAACUCUUGACUUCAAGAUCCUGGUUUGCCAGCACCAAAGAAACCAUGGUCAGGUCAAUGUGCUAAAACAAACCAUGGUUUCAUGUUAUAGCUGGAUAUGGGAUAUCCGAGCACCAUUCAAAGUGUUGGUGCUGACCUUUAAAGCUCUAAACGGCCUCAGUCCAGUAUACCUGAAGGAGCAUCUCCAUCCCCUUCGCUCAGCCUGGACAUUGAGGUCCAGCUCCGAGGGCCUUCUGGCAGCUCCCUCACUGUGAGAAGUGAGGUUAGAGGGAACCAGGCAGAGGGCCUCCUUGGUAGUGGCACCCAUCCUGUGGAAUGCCCUCCCAUCAGAUGUCAAUGAAAUAAAUAACUAUACAACUUUUAGAAGACAUCUGAAGGCAGCGCUGUAUAGGAAAUGUGUAAUGCUUUGUUAUGUUUUUAUAUAUGCUGGAAGCCCAGUCAGCUGAGCGAGGUACAAAUAAUGAUGAUGAUGAUGAUGAUGGAUGGGGACUGAGGCAACAUCUGCCUCAGAUUUCCCAGCUCAGCAUGAGAGCUUCAAUAGCAGUACUCUCUAUUUUUCCAUGUAAUAUGGACUUAGGAGCACUGUUCCUUGGUAGGUUAGUUACUUCCACAUCUUAGACAAACUCUUGUGCGAAAGAAAUGAACAAUUGUUUCUUCUUAUAGGUUCUGAACUGGCCAUGCCAGAAGCAGAUGUUUAUGAUUUCUCGAGAAAUCAGGUUUUAAUUGAUCAUGCCCUCAAAUAAAUGCAAUUUUUUUUGAAUGUGUAAAAAACCACAAGUUUUCCCAACCACCCUUUGUUUGGAAGCUUUUAACACACGUUGCUUGUAUGAGAGGAGUACAGUGGUACCUUGGUUUUCAAACGCCUUGGUUUCCAAACACCAAAAACCCGGAAGUAAGUGUUCUGGUUUUUGAAUGUUUUUCGGAAGCUGAACAUCUGAUGCAGCUGUCGGCUAUUGUUUCCGGGGCAUCUGCACCAAUCAGAAGCUGCACUGUGGUUUUAAAACAUUUCAGAAGUCAAACGGACUUCCGGAACGGAUUAAGUUUGGUGCUUUUGUUUUUGCUAUUUAUUUUUAGUUUUUGAGGCUUUUUUGGUUAAUUUGUUCUUGUGACUAUGUAGAACUAAGUUCAGCUACUGAUUGAUUGAUUGAUUGAUUGAUUGUGUGACUGCGGAAAUGGAUAAAAGCAAAAGCAAAGGCCUGGAAACGAUGCCUUAUGAGGAACGGCUAAGGGAGCUGGGCAUGUUUAGCCUGGAGAAGAGGAGGUUAAGGGGUGAUAUGAUAGCCAUGUUCAAAUAUAUAAAAGGAUGUCACAUAGAGGAGGGAGAAAGGUUGUUUUCUGCUGCUCCAGAGAAGCGGACACGGAGCAAUGGAUCCAAACUACAAGAAAGAAGAUUCCACCUAAACAUUAGGAAGAACUUCCUGACAGUAAGAGCUGUUCGACAGUGGAAUUUGCUGCCAAGGAGUGUGGUGGAGUCUCCUUCUUUGGAGGUCUUUAAGCAGAGGCUUGACAACCAUAUGUCAGGAGUGCUCUGAUGGUGUUUCCUGCUUGGCAGGGGGUUGGACUCGAUGGCCCUUGUGGUCUCUUCCAACUCUAUGAUUCUAUGAUUCUAUGAAAUCCAAACAAUGACUAACAUCAGUGCAGGUAAGAAAAGAAAUACUUUUAAUUUUUAUAAUCUACAAUACUGUGUUAUUUAUUUUAUAGUACAGUGCAUUGAUUAUUGCUUUCAUUUUACGGAUCAAUGGUCUUGUUAGAUGGUAAAAUUCAUAUUAAAUUGCUGUUUUAGGGGUUGUUUUUAAAAGUCUAGAACGGAUUUAUCCGUUUUGCAUUACUUUCUAUGGGAAAGAGCACCUUGGUUUAGGAACGGACUUCCGGAAUGAAUUAAGUUUAAGAACCAAGGUACCACUGUGCUGUUUCUUGUCCAUUGUAACUAUUCUGAGUUUUCGAACACCUGGUAAAAAAGCUCUUUAUCGCCCUCACCUGGUAGUUAAUGGAAGAGAAGCUUGGGAUCUUCACUGCACAUUGCACAGCAAUGAGUGACUCACGCAUUCUCUGUUUAAAGUGCAUAUAUGCUACCCUCUGUGACCCACAUGGGUGGAAAUAAUCCUGGCACUGAUAAACGCCCAUGGCUUGUAGGACAACCUGUGGGGGUUUGUGAAAGUGAUAUUUACCAAGCUGACAAGUUAUUUUAAUCCUAAUGAACAGGAACAAGCCACAAACCUUUUCAAGGCAGAUUUGGACAUGAUGAGAAAGUGGAACGAUGUCCAAAAAUAAAGGAAGUGCUAAGAAUCAUACGUACCACAGGCAGGUUACAUCUGGAGGGCCAUAUCUGACCCAUCUCAGUUUUAAAAUUGAUUUUGAAGUUAGGAUUUCCAGCUUUUCAGCCAACCACUAUAGCUGUGCCCUUCACAGUGGGUUGCAAGCAUAUUGCAGAUGAUAUUUUAUCUCCAUGCGGUGAGUGAAAAAAUUUACCUGCUGAUUUGUGAAGAUCGAACUACUGCUAAAUGGUAACUUUACUCGAAUCUAUUUAUUUGUGAAGCUUCUCUUGGCCCUGGCAAAUUAUAAUUACAGAUAAUAUCCCAUACUCUCAAAAGACACGAAAACAUUAAAGAGGUUUUUUCCUUCCAACCAUAUGUGCUAGGCCGCGUUUAAUUUAAACUUACCUCACAUGAAAUAGCAAUGAUGCUUGGAAGUGUGUAAACUGCUUUGGGAUUUAUGUAAACCACGUAGAGGUUUAUUGGGGAUUAAGCAGCAUAGAAAAAGCUGUUUAAUAAUAAAACCUUGUAUUUCAAAGUUUGUGUUGUUGUUUAGUCGUUUAGUCGUGUCCGACUCUUCGUCACCCCAUGGAUCAGAGCACGCCAGGCACUCCUGUCUUCCACUGCCUCCUGCAGUUUGGUCAAACUCAUGCUGGUAGCUUCGAGAACACUGUCCAACCAUCUCGUCCUCUGCCGUCCCCUUCUCCUUGUGCCCUCCAUCUUUCCCAACAUCAGGGUCUUUCCCAGGGAGUCUUCUCUUCUCAUGAGGUGGCCAAAGUAUUGGAGCCUCAGCUCCAGGAUCUGUCCUUCCAGUGAGCACUCAGGGCUGAUUUCCUUAAGAAUGAAGAGGUUUGAUCUUCUUGCAGUCCAUGGGACUCUCAAAAGUUCAAAGUUAUUGAAAUACAAUUAAUCAGCUAAAUAUCAGAUUGUUAACUUCAGAGUUUAAGUUCAGAACCUGCAGAAUCACGGUUUCGCCAAAAUCCCGAUGUCAUCCGUUUCACUCAAAAACGGUGCCAAACACCUGCAACACUUGGCAGUGCAAACGUCGUGUUUCAGGCACGCCAAAAAAUAAGCCCUCAGCACCCUGACCCGCGGAUCAUGGUUUGACCAACCAAACGUUUUGCCAAACAAACCUUGGAGGGACCUUGUGCCAGUGUUUGGAUCCACUUUUGUGUGAAUCGGACGAUGUUGAGUUUUAAAUCUUGACGCCACGGAUUAGGGCGUCGAGGGGGUUAUUUUGUGGGGCGCUGUGAAACGUGUUGUUUUAACCGCUAAGCGUUGCAGUGGGACUCGUGUCAACGUUUGCAGCCGCUUUGGAGAGAAUCGAAUGACGUCAGAGUUACCGUAUUUUUUGCCCUAUAGGAUGCACUUUUCCCCUCCAAAAAUGAAGGGGAAAUCUGUGUGCGUCCUAUGGGGCGAAUACAGGCUUUCGCUGAAGCUUGGAGAGCGAGACGGGUCGGUGCGCACCGAUCCCUCUCGCUCUCCAGGCUUCAGGAUGCUAGCAAGCCUGGGGAGCCCUGCGGGAGUUUCCACAGGGCUCCCCACGCUGCGGACGGCAGCCUGCCGCCCGUCGCGCAGAGCACCCUGAGGCAGAGCGCCCCGGGCGCCAGGCAGACAUCCGCAGCGUAGGGAGCCCUGCGGGAGUUCCCGCAGGGCUCCCCACGCUGCGGAUAGCAGCCUGCUGCACGGCUGAAGCAGAGCGCCCCGCACUUCGGGCAGACAUCGGCCAGCCCCACAAGCUCGGGGGACAGCGGGGAGGCGCAGCGCCGCCAUCCCGCUGUUCCCCGACCUGGUUUUGGGGGGGAAAUAAAGGAAAAAAUUUUUUCCUUUAUUUCCCCCCCCCAAAAAACUAGGUGCGUCCUAUGGGACGGAGCGUCCUAUGGGACGAAAAAUACGGUAAGUGAAAACUCAUCAGUUACAGUUGCAAAUGGCAACAAAAUGCCUGUGCAAGGAAAAGGAGCAGGUUCGCUCAAGUGUGUUGCAAGUAGAAAAGCUGUUUGUAAUGAAGUGAGAGAUGGAGUUUACUUGCCCGCAUUAACAGUUUGCUGAGUGCCACAACCCUGCCCGAGCGUGGUUUUAAUGCAAAUUUGAAUCACAACAAACGUGCAGUUGCCAAAGAUGGUAUUUUGUAUGGACAGAAUUUUGAAAACAAUGGAUCGGGGGGGCGGGGUGGGGGGCUUGUGUGCUUUGCUCCGGAAUCAGGAUUAUAGCAGACCUGCAAAAAAGUGGGGCAUAUAAUAUUAAUUCUUGCAGGCGGGGGUGUGGGGAUCUAAAUGGAUGAACUACUUGUUCUCAAUCACUUAUAUUCCUAGGAGUUUAUGGGUGGUGUGUUUUAGCUGGGUAUAUAAAUUUUUAAAAAGAAGAAAAAAGAAAAAGAAGACAAGGUUUGGUGAGAAGAAUGGAUAUGAAACCUUGUAAAGUUGACCUGAAUAGUGAAAUAUCCCAGGUGGGGCUUGGUAGCUUGGGAAGCAGGUGUCUGAUGCCUCAGCUGGAGAAGGCUCAGGUGAGGGUCAGAUGCCUCGUAAAGCCCAGAGGAUAUAACAGGAAGACCUGCGUCCUGGCCAGGCCUGCGUCCCAUCGUAGGACAUAAAAUGAGCCCUCAGUGCCCUAACCCGCGGGGUGACAACUUCACCUAAAUCCCGACAUCGUCCGAUUCACUCGAAAACAGUGCCAAACACCUGCAAAAAUGAGCUCUCAGAGCCCAAACUCCGCUGUAAACCAGCCCAGAUUCAUGUGUGCAGCUGGAGCGUGCGGUUUCAAAUCAGUUCAGCUCUAUGUAUUCCCCAAAGGGCAAAAUUUGGCCUCUUGACACUCAGUUCUAUGUAUAAACACGGACUGAUCCUGCCUGCGGUCACAAACACAACAUACAUAAUGCUGAAAGCACUUUAUUAAUUGCAUCAUCCAUGUGUCACAUAUUAAUUGUAGGCAAAUUAAAGAGGAGAAACAACCUCUGCACUAACGGUCCCUGGAGAUCUGCCUUCUAGCUUUCCGAGUGUUUAGCCUGCAAGAGUAACAGCACAAUCCUACGCUUAUUUACUCAGAAGCAGGUCCCACUGGGCGCAAUGAUACGUAUUCCCAGAUAAGUGAAUGUAGGUUUGCUGACUUGGGGUGGGGGGGUAGAGAAGCAGCCAUUUGUGGUGAGGGCAACAGCAAGUGAAAUGAAGAUGACUCAAUGGGGAGGAGGGCAGGGCUCCCGCCCCUUUCAUCCCCCAGAGGUAGCUGUAUUAAUCUGUUGCAGUGAAAACAAACAACAUGGUGCGGUGGUCCCACUUGUUGGCAUCUGUCUAUCUGCGGAGACAAUGAAGGAGUGUGCCACUGGGGGUGAAGUCAAGCAGUUGGAGAGUUACAGUUCCUGCUGUGGCAGCAGAGACUGAUACAGGAGAGACAUAUUUUGUUGCAGCCGGGGCAGAUGAAGGCAUCUGGUUCUGCUGAUGAUGAUGCAGAUUACACUAUGGCGUUUCUUCUCUCUGUGCUCCUCUCAGAGGUCAUUUCUCCUUGGGUCACUGCUAUGGAUGCAUGCCCGUUUCCAGGGCACUGUGGCUGUAUGCAAGAGAUUCCCACCCGGUGGGGUCGAUGCUGCCAGCCUUCGUGUCACGUUUGCAGACAUCUUUGUAACGCAAAACGAACGGGCUCUACAGUGCAUGUCAAGCAGCAAGUUGGACCCCAAGAUCUCCUACAAUGAUUUUUUUUGCAGAUAAAGUCGCUCAGAUUUGGAAAGAGGUAAUCUCCAUCGUGGGAGCAGGGCCGGGCCAGGAGAGUGCUAGAGUCCUGUCUAGUCAAGUUGUGUGGGAUCAAUUCCAAUCUGUUACCUCUGAGGAUGUGGACAGGCUUCUUGGACGAGUGAAACCGACCACCUGUCUCCUUGAUCCUUGCCCAUCCUGGCUCAUAAAAGCAAGCUGGGAAGGGCUGGGUGAUGGGCUCUGUGGGGUGGUGAAUGCUUCCCUCUGUGAGGGAGCCUGCCCAAACCCACUGAAAGAGGUGGUUAUUAAACCGCUUCUUAAAAAAAGAAUCUUUGGACCCGGCCAAUAUGGCCAACUAUUGCCCAGUCUCAAAUCUACCAUUCUUGGGCAAGGUGAUUGAGCAGGUGGUUGCUGAACAACUCCAGGCACGCCUGGAGGAUGCGGAUCACUUGGAUCCCUUCCAAUCGGGAACUGUCCAUGGGACUGUCCAUGGAGGGGCAGAUCAAUUGUGUCCAGGGCAGCUGUCUACCAGCUCCAUCUGGUACACUGGCUGACCCCCUACCUGUCUGCAGACUGUCUCGGCAGAGUGGUGCAUGUUCUAGUUAUCUCCCGCUGGGACUACUGCAAUGCACUCUGCGUGGGGCUACCUUUGAAAGUGACCCGGAAACUACAACUAGACUGGUGACUGGGAGUGGCCGCCGAGACUAUAUAAAACCGGUCCUGAAAGACCUACAUUCGCUCCGUUUCCCAGCACAAUUCAAAGUGUUGGUGGUGACCUUUAAAGCCUAAACGGCCUCCGCCCAGUAUACCUGAAGAAGCAUCUCCACCCCCAUCAUUCAUUCCGGACGCAAAGGUCCAGCUCCGAGGGCCUUCUAGCAGUUCCCUCACAGAAGUGAGGUUACAGGCAACCAGGCAGAGGUCUUUUAGGAGACAUCUGAAGACAGCCCUGUUUUUUAUGCUUGCUGUUUUAUUGUGUUUGUAAUAUUCUGUUGGGAGCUGGGGUAUAAAUAAUUAUUAUUAUUAGGCAAAAAGUUCCCUGCAUUGCAAGGGGGUUGGACUAGAUGAUCCUGGGGGAUCCCUUCCAACUCUGCAUAUUCUAUGAUGAGACGGGCCAAAGGUCACCCACUAAGUUGUUAGUGGGGAUUCCCCCAGGGCAGUCCCGGGGAGGCACUUUCCUCCCCGUUUUCCUGCCUCCCUCUCUACCGCCUCGGGGCGCGUUUAAUUUCAUAGUCUUGAACUGCUUUCCCCAAACUCCCACUGCGGUGUGAGAUCUCCUCCUACCGCCCUGGAGGAAGCGACUUCCUUCCCCCGCGGUAGGGAGGAGCGCCUUGAUCUCCUCCGCCCCCUCCAGCCCCGGCUAGCCGAUCCCCCAUCGCCAGGGCGCCUCCAAUGCGCAAUUGCGCGCACAACACAAGCCGGUUCUCUGCAUCCAGGCCUCGGCCGCCGCGGCUCUCGGCGCUUUCCGAGGCAUCGCUUUGUUCAAACAGCGGCGGGCAAUGCAGCUGGGAUCCGGCGCGACCCGGCAGCGGCUGCCGCCGUAUUUGGUGCUCCUACCGCUGCUGUGCGCCCCAGCGGCGGUUCGGCCGGUCCGGUCCGGUGGCGCGCCGGCAUUGCUCGCAGGUAAAGCGGCUGGAGGCUAACGCGCUGUUGGGCAGCGAUCCUGAACUGCCUUUCUCAGUUUGGGUUCCUAGAGGUUGAUGGACUACAGCUCCCAUCGUCCCUCGCCACUGGUCCUGCUAGCCAGGGAUGAUGGGAGUUGUAGUCCAACCAAACCUCUUGGGGACCCAAGGUUGAGAAAGGUGGUCGGAUUUACCUCUGAGUAAACAUGCAUCCGAUUCAGGGCUAAGCUGCAGUUCUAGGACCAUAGGAGCCAACUCCGAGGGGGCUGAGGUCCCUUUGCCCCCCAAAUAUUGUGGGGGGACCGGGCCCCCCCGAAAGUAGAUGGGCCUUGCCAUUCAAAUAGUCAAAUGGUGUGCUUGUGCUGCGUCGUGUUCAAGUGGAGCAGGGCUUUUCUGGACUUGGCCCCCCCUCCAAUCUUGUAUCCAAAUUGCCACUCCUGCCUUUGACGUUGGGGACAGGAGAAGCUGUAGUGCUUCCAGACGUUGUUGGACUAAUGGGGGUUGGACUAGAUGACCCUAGGGAUACCUUCCAACACUAUGAUUCUUUGGUUCUGCAGGUACACAUGCUCCCCAUACCUGCUACUGCCAUUCAGUAGGAAUUUAUGUAAUUUGUGUAAACAUGGGAUAGGCUCGUGUGUUUACUUUUUCUCUCUGGUUGUGCGUUCAGUACUUUGUCUUGGCAGUACUUUGCUUCCCAUAAAUAUUCCAGUUGUGUGCAAAUGUCAAUCAACCCUUGGCCUGUGAUCCGGUAACUAGAAUAUGGGAGACUAAAUAGCUUCAUGGUGGUGCUGUGGUCUAAACCACAGAGCCUAGGGCUUGCCAAUCAGAAGGUCGGUGGUUUGAAUCCCCGUGAUGGGGUGAGCUCCCGUUGCUUGUUCCCUGCUCCUGCCAACCUAGCAGUUCAAAAGCACGUCAAAGUGCAAGUAGAUAAAUAGGUACUGCUCCAGCGGGGAGGUGAACGGCGUUUCCGUGAGCUGCUCUGGUUCGCCAGAAGCGGCUUAGUCAUGCUGGCCACAUGACCCGGAAGCUGUACGCCGGCUCCCUCGGCCAAUAAAGCGAAAUGAGAGCCGCAACCCCAGAGUCGGUCACAACUGGACCUAAUGGUUAGGGGUCCCUUUACCUUUAUGUACAUGUUUGUGUGAGGCACCCUGUGAUCUCCCAUCCACACUACUGAUCAGAAGCUCUGUUAACCGCAAGCCUGAACGGCUGGUAUCCCCUCAAAGUCUCUCCCAAAGUUUUGUGCUGGUUUGUAACUUUGAGAUUCAGUUCUGCAUCAUCAGGUGCUUCAAAACAAUUCUCAGGGCACAGUGAUCUUGAUCUAAGAUAUAUGUGUCAGCUUGCAUUUCUUAGUACAGAAAGUAUUGAUCUGAUGUGUAGAGAUCUUUCCUAUUCUAAUUAAUUCAAGAGGCUUCUGGAGAAGCUUCUCUGCAUGAAAGAAGCAAGCAGAAGGUUCAUGAUGUUUGAGUACAGCUGGUUUAAACUGGUUCUCUUCUUACCUUUUCUGUCAAGGUCAUGCUGGCUAUAAAAAUAGGGCCAGAAGGAGCUUCGGUUUCACUUUCUAUCUCUCUUCCUUCUGCUGAGGUGUUCCGUACAUAGUAUGCUUAGUGUUAAAGUUUAGACUUAUUAUAAGUUAUUGUAAGCUUAAGUCUGCUGCAACUGGAUUUCUUACGGACAGUGCCAAUCCUGAAUGUAUUGGAUUGUGACCAUUAUGCUCAUUUGCCUUCAGUAGCAGUAAAGCUCUGCUGGAUGAGAUACAAUUGCCUCUGGUCUAUUUUGGGAUUAAUCCUGCAACGUGUUUAAGUUUUCCUUUGCUAACUAUACAUUGGAAUCUACUCUGGAUCAAUAUUGGGUAGAAUCCCAUGACGAUAUGAACUUGUGCCCGAGAAGGGUUGGCUGAUGUUACGGAAGACUUAGAGCAGUGGUUCCCAAACGGUUUGGUAUGGUGAGCCACAAAUCCAAAUUUACCAAAUAUGCAUCCAUUUAUUGUCAUUUGAAGUUAGACCUUAGGUCAGGGGUCAGCAAACUUUUUCAGCAGGUCCACUGUCCCUCAGACCUUGUGGGGGGCAGGACUAUAUUCUGAAAAAGAAAAAGAAAAGAAAGAACAAAUUCCUAUGCCCCACAAAUGACCCAGAGAUGCAUUUUAAAUAAAAGCACACGUUCUACUCAUGUAAAAACACGCUGAUUCCCGGACCACCCACAAGCUGGAUUGAGAAGGCAAUUGGGCCGGAUCCAGCCCCCGGGCCUUACUUUGCCUACCCAUGCCUUAGGGCUUUGGCAGUUGAUGGGUUCAUGCAUUUUAACUGCAAGCUUGCCUGUUUUUAAGCAGCACGUGUGGCACCAAAGCAAAAAAAUUAUUUAAUGGCCCUAUUAAUGUGGAAUUUGUCGAAAUAUUUACAGUACUUCCAAAGUCAUUUACACUUUAGUUUGUGCGGUGGGUGCUGUGUUUAGGGAUACCUAUCAGCCAAGGAGAGCAAUUUAAAAAGUAACAAAAACGAAAUCAGUAAGAUGAGAUCCAAAUAUUGUAAUCUGUUCAACUGCUGUUUCCAGUCAUGUUGCAGUACUUUCUCCUAAGCCCAGAUAUGCAGAAGCUGAAUGUUAUUCCACAGUAGCAAGAGCAAUGCAUCUUCUCAUCUUCAGAAACACUCUCCACACACAGAUCUUAUGGCCCCAGGGACCUUAAGAUUGUAGCCUGACUAGUGUAGCAUGAUUUCAAGUUAUGACACCAGUUCCCGGUUUACUUCCAGCCUUAUUGUGGGGCUGCAGGCCAGGCAGUUGCACCAAUGCAAUUUUUCUUUUUUCUUUUUUUAUAAGAUAUUUAUUAAAGUUUCAACAUAAUACAAAAAUAAGCGAAAAAAGAAAGAAAAAAAAGAGGGAAAAAAGUACAAAAUAAAAACAGUUAAAAAACAGAUUAGUCUUUCCGUAUCUUAACUUUCAUUUGCUUGUUUCCCCGACCUCUUCACACCUCCCUUUUUUGUAUUCCAGUUCAAAUUAGUUAAUUCAGCAAAUCCUUUCCCUCUUUGAUUCUAUCUUAAUCUUUUAUCUUAAUAUAUUGUAACUUUAGAUUAUCACCUGUUAACAAUCCACUUUUACAUAUUCCUUUAUAACAUUGCUGCUAAAAACCAUUUAACUUCAAUCCAACAUCAUUCUAACAUUCAUUAAUUUUACAGUAUUUCUGUAGAUAGUCUUUAAAUUUCUUCCAAUCUUCUUCCACCAACUCUUCUCCCUGGUCUCGGAUUCUGCCUGUCAUUUCCGCCAGUUCCAUAUAGUCCAUCACCUUCAUCUGCCAUUCUUCCAGAGUGGGUAAAUCUUGUGUCUUCCAGUAGUUUGCAAUAAGAAUUCUUGCUGCUGUUGUAGCAUACAUAAAGAAAGUUCUGUCCUUCUUUGGCACCAAUUGGCCGACUAUGCCCAGGAGAAAGGCCUCUGGUUUCUUCAGGAAGGUAUAUUUAAAUACCUUUUUCAUUUCAUUAUAGAUCAUCUCCCAGAAAGCCUUAAUCCUUGGGCACGUCCACCAAAGGUGAAAGAAUGUACCUUCAGCACCAAUGCAGUUUUUCAUGGGCUGCAUGCCUGCAGCCUAACACAGUAAAGCACAUUCGUCUAUUUUUUGCUGGGAGGGGGAAAGGGGAAAAAACUGGAAUCAUAUGAUUCUGGUCACCUGUUGAGGAUUGGACAGGAAGACUCACAAUAGCUUCUCUGUUGGAACAGUCUCAGCGGUAAGCAUUUGGGGGUUUAGCAGUGGAUUUUGCAGUGCCAGCAUAUCACACCUAUUAAAAAUACGCUGUCAAUCAAGGUUUGUAGCUGGGAAAACCGAUGUAUACUGCAGAUUACAUAUAGCAGCAGGAAAAUGUCCGAGCGACUUGCAUGCAUCUCCAGACUUUGUGACGCCUUCUUCUUUCUCCGUCUAGAGAAUAACUGUAGGUACUUGGAGACGAUGGACGUCAGCCGUAGUUCAGAACCGGCUUGCUACUGCUACAUUCCGCAUGGAAAGAUACAGCUGAAAAAUAUUUGGUCAACUAUUCAGGUACAGCCCCAGCCCAUGACUCAUUCAUCCCAAGGGAACGUGGUGACUGUUCUUCUCCCUAAAGAAUACAGUUCUCACGAUGGAAGACUAAUGUAUUGGAAGACAACUGCCACAUGUUGGCAUUCGGAAAUGCCAGAAGGGGUGUUGUGUAGGAGAAUUUGGAAGGUGUGACGUGCUUUCCUUUCUAUUGUGGGUAGGGACUUUUGUGACAUAUCAACACCUUUCUUUUGAGUGGGCCUCUUUGCAAGACAAGUGCAGGAACAAAUGUAAAAAUCAGUGACAGCAUAUGGUAUCAUAAAUAUUUCUCAGUAACGAGUGUCUUUCUCUAACAGCAAAACAAUAUAUUGAGAGGAAAGGUGGCAGCAAGAAUCUUAGUUUUCUAUCCCAACCAAAGUGGACUGGCAGACAAAAUUACUAGAAUUUACAGAAUUAGCAAAGAUAACGGGAAGAAUUAGAGAUAAUACAGACCAAACGUUUAUUAGAGAGUGGGAUAUUCACAGAAAACAUCUUAAAGAGCAUUGUAAAAAUGUGAAUUCUCUGGCAGGCUUGAAAGGACCCCUGUAGAAAUAUAGGAAAUCUUAUAGAAUUAAUGAUACGGGAUAAGACUGGAGUGAUAACGAAAAGUGUGUUACAUAAAAGUAACCCAGGACCCUCGAUGGUGUGGUGGAAGUCAUAAUAGAAGUUGUGUUGUAAGAAAUCCACUUACUUUUUGGAAUUUGUAUUACCUUUUGGUUUUUCGUUAGUUGACUGUUUUUUCUUUUUAAAAAAAACACUAAUAAAGCAAUUAAAAAAAGAGAGGAAAGGCAAAGCUAAAUCUGCUUCUGGGAGUCUGUUGCAGGUCAGCAAGCAGAAAUUUUGGACAAUGGGAUUUAGGGCGUUGUGUUUAAUGGGACUUAACUUCCCAGUAUGUAUGUUCUGGUACGCGUCUUAAGGCUGAAAUCCCAAGUUAUUUCCUGGGAGUCCCAUUGCACUCAAUAGAACUUACAUCAGACUAGAUAUGUACAGGACUGCACGGCAUGUAGACAUGCAAGUCUAGGUUGAUUUUGUACUCAGAAUCUUAGGAAUUUUAGUUUUGGGGAGGGAGAUCUGCCCCAUGCUGCAGAUCUAAAGUUCCGAAGCUCCUCUGGAGAGACAGAAUAACUGAUGAAUCAGGUUGUUGGAUAGAUCUGUCCCUCUGGGCUCAAUCAGAGUACCUUCAACACAUAGACUUUCUGAAAAGAGCGGGAACAUGGAAUAAGUAUCUCCCACUUCUGGGUAAUAUAGCAAUGUGGCUCUCCAGAUAUUGUUGGAUUCCAACUCCCAUGAGCCUCUGGCAGGAUGGCCAGCAAUCAGGCAUGAUGGGAACUAGACUAGCAACAAGCGAAGGGUCGCAGCCUGCCUAUCCCUGCUGAAAAGGCGAUAACUCUCUACCUCCAAGGUAUUUUGAUCAAAGGUUCUCUUCUUCAGCUCUGCUAUUUGCGUUAAGAGAGAAUGGAUGAAACAGAAGGCUGAUAAGAGUGUGGCUUAGCAUAUUUUAGCUUGGAAAUCAAGCCAGCUUAUCCUGGACCCUCACAGAAGCCUUAUUGAGGCAUGCCGCUUGUACGUAGAUCCUACACGUGAGCAAGGAGAAAGAAGCACCUUAAGUUGCUCCCCCUUUAUUGCUAUUCUCCUCCUGCUCCACAACUUGGAAGCUGACGUCGGGGCCUCCACAACUUGUGGGGCAGAGACUCCGUGCUUCAGAUUUCCCCCUCCAACCCCUGGAGGCUGUUGGAAACAGUGGCAGGGGAGAGUGCUGUUGUGCUCAGGUCUGCCUUGUGGCCGUGGGGCUUCCCAGAGGCUUCUUCUUUCUUCUUUGGCGAUCACUCGUAGCCGAGUAAGAUUGUCUUCCAUGAACACGGUUUUAACAGUGAGACCAUAAGUGACUGUGGAGGCCAGUUCUGGACCCACACAUCCUUCCACAGUGGGGACGUUGGUUUCCAAGCGGGAGUUGAUCAUGGUGUGGAUUUGCCAAGCGUGCCUUCCUCUUAACACCUUUCUCCCUUUCGUCCCGAGUUUGACCUUCUUCAAAGCCCACGACACCUUUGGUAAAGGCUGUUCUCCAACUGGAGCGCUCGCAGGCCAGUGUUUCCCAGUUGUCGGUGUUUAUACGACAUUUUUAAAGAUUUGCCUUGAGAGAGUCUUUAAACCUCUUUUGUUGACCACCAGCAUUACACUUUCCAUUUUUAAGUUCAGCCAUGCGGUUGGCCGCUGUGAGAACAGGACGCUGUUCUCAAUAGGCCACUGGCGAGAUCCAGCAGGGCUCUUGUUUCUCAUUUGUGUUCUGCUUCUCUCUUAUUUUGCACCCUCCAGCUCGUGGAGGGUGAUGGAGAUAGCAGCACAGGGGGAAAUGGGGUUUAGGACAUUCAUCCGCAUUCACUCUGCUCCUAUGCAAUCAGAUCUAUGAUUGUCUACCUAUCUAUCUAUCUACAACUCCCAUCAUCCCAUGUCAUUUGCUGCCCUGGCAGGGAAUGAUGGGAGUUGGAGUACCAACAACAUCUGGAAGGCCGCAAAUUCCCGUCCCUGCUAUAGGCAAAAUCAAAUUGGAAAAGCUAUCGCAGAGUUUCCCAAACUUGGGUCUCCAUCUGUUUUUUCGGACUACAACUCCCAUAAUCCCUGACCACUGGUCCUGCCAGCUAGGGGCGUCGGGAGUUGUAGUCCAAAAAACAGAUGGAGACCCAAGUUUGGGAAACCCUGAGUUAUGUGAUUGUUGUUCAUCCCUGCUCUGUUAUUUCCUCCUGUCCUAAGCCGAGAGGAAUAAUUCAGGUAUCUUCUUCAUAGGUGAAGAUAAGCAGCUCCGAAACAUUUGAGGUGAUGUCCAUCCCAGAGGAACGGAAUUGCCAAAGCUCUGAAAACCUUGCCUUUUUCAAGUGCCUAUUUAACAAUAUUUGGCAUUUGGGCGUGUCUAAUGAAACCACAAUAUCAGCGAGCCUGUAUGGAGAGAAAACCUGUUUCUGGGUGCAGCCUAUGAACAAAGCACCCUUCACUGUACACACAAAACUAAACAGUGAGUCACUUUAUUUAAUCUGUUUGUAAAGUGCACUUGUGUUAUUGGAAGGAUGCACAACAAGGAAGCGACUAGCUUAAAAAUGAAGCAAUGUGGACUUUCCUCCAUUUUUUCCAUUCUGUUCUAUUUUAGUGUUGGAUCGGACACUCUUUCUGCUGUUUCUCACUGGCAUCCUUCUCUUUCAUUUUGCGCAUAAUCUGAGCAGGUGAGAUUCAGCUCUGUUUCACUGGGUGUAUCCCUUAUGACUUUAACUUGCUGUUCACGAAAAAAGUGGUGUGAUCCAUUGGCUGGAAGAAAAGCACUUGGGUUGCAGUGUGGAAGAGGCUUUGGAGACAUAAACCCUUGUUAGUGGCACAGGGAAAGGUUGAGGUCUUCUCUCCCAUGCACCACUUUUGCUCUGAAAAACCAACCACUCGUCUCUCCCUGUAUAUAUAUGAUCAGGGGAGAGCUGUGCCUUAAAUAUGUUGGCUUCUACUGCACAGAGUCUGAUCCAGAGUUGCAGGAAAUCUGUUUGCACAGAGCUUCCCCUUUCCGUCGCACACAAUUUGAUCUAAGAAACAUAUCGUAGCCGUGGCAGUUUUUGAAACCUUUUUGCAAACAGUGUACCUGCUGGAGAGAGACAGCUAGACAGCUCAUCCAUUGAGGAAGAGAGACAAAAAAAAUAGCUAGCCUCGCUCUUUGGCUUUCUAGCCUUCCCAUGUUGAGCAGGGAAAGUCUGAAGGGGGAGCGUUAUACCUGUUUGCUUGAACACAGGGAGAAGGCUCCGUACGAUUGAGAUCCUUGCAUGGGAUGGUUGGAAAUGGAGAGGGUGGGACUGGUGGAUUGGAGUCAGCCAGUCACCCCACGCCUCUAACUUAUGUAAAUAUUUCCCGAGCGGAGCUUAGGAGGAGGAAAAAAAUGGGGGUUGUGAGCUGAGACUAUGCAGGGACCCAAAGAGAGAGAGAGAGAGAGAUUGAGGAUGCUCCCUAUGGUAUAUUUAGGGAAAGUCAAAUAAUGUGCUAUGUAUAAGUAUCCUUGCCCAUAGGUCUCUAAAGUUUUAGUAAAAUUGUGUGUUUUUUCAUUUCUGUGUGUCUGAAACCACCUGCCUGUCCACAAAAGUUCUAACAGCACCCCUCUGCUCUCAAAACAGGAGUAUCACAUUCUAUUAUUCUGCUGGAGUCACAUUCGGUGUCCUUGCCACUCUAGUCUUUCUCCUUUUGAUGCUUAAAAGAUUUAUUCCCAAGGUGAGUGUACCGCUGAUAACAUAAAACAGGCUAGAUAAGUAUAUCGAUGCUAAACUUUGCUUUUCAAUUUCAAUUUGCUUUUCAUCCAUUCCCGGGCUUCCGAAAGAAAUGAUGUUAUCGAUGUAGGAUUCUUUUUAACAGCAACACGUCUCAGCCAAAUUUCUGACAUUAUUUGUGCAAUUAAUUAUUCUGUCCUUUCAAGAAGCUCCUCUGAAAUGAUGGUUCUUUCCUUCGUUCCAACCUCUUCUUGGAGGAACCUGUAGCCCUGCAGACAUUGGUGGACUUCAACUCUCAUCAGCCCUGCCAAGAUAGCAAGUCACAGAAUCAUAGAAUUGUAGAGUUGGAAGAGCUUGAACCUGCAACCUUGGCAUUAUCAGCGCCAUGCUCUAACCAACCGAGCUAAUCAACGAUCAGAAAUGAUGGAAGUUGUAGUCCUUCAAUGACUGGACGGCUUGGCUUAGUGGACAAGUCUAAGGCAGGAGCAAGUGGUAAAUGAAGCCUUUGUAUAAUUCUUGACAUAGUUUUGUUUUUCAUCAUGGGACAAACAAUUCUGCAAACAAUAGCCUGGUCGCUCUAGCCUGGAAUCCCAGGGUGUGCUUUGCCCCUGAACCCCAAAUCCCUGGCUUCAUCUACUCCAUGGGUAGGCAAACUAAGGCCCAGGGGCCGGAUCUGGCCCAAUGGCCUUCUAAAUCCAGCCUGCGGACGGUCCGGGAAUCAGCGUGUCCUUUUAUUUAAAAUGCAUCUCUGGGUUAUUUGUGGGGCCUGCCUGGUGUUUUCACAAGAGUAGAAUGCGUGCUUUUAUUUAAAAUGCAUCUCUGGGUUAUUUGUGGGGCAUAGGAAUUCAUUCAUUUCUCCCCCCCCCCCCAAACAAAAAUACAGUUUGGCCCCCCACAAGGUCUGAGGGACAAUGGACCGGCCCCUUGCUGAGAAAGUUUGCUGACCCCUGGUCUACUCCAUCCUUCAACUUCCUGCGUGGAGUAGGAAAUUCUCUUACAAUGCCCCUUCAAAGCUUCCCACUCAGGGUGGAUGCUCAGAGCAGGUUCUGUGCGUGUGGCUUCACCUCCCCCUUCAUGCAACUCCCAGCAGCCCACAACCAGCAUGGCCGAUGGGGCAGAGAUGAUGGGAAGUUGCAAUCCAGUAGCUUCAUCCUGGUAUUAGAUUGGGGAAUAAUAUUAGCAAACUGCCAGCAUAUUUUACGUGUGACUUAAAGGGAAACGGCAGCAGGAAGUUUGCGUUGCGUAAGAGACCUUAGAGGAGUGUUGAGAAAUUAUAGGGGUGUUGAGUGGGUUUGUAAAAGAGUCUUCGUCCCUUUCCUACUUUAUAGGCUCAGCCUGGUACCUGGAUGUAGUUAACACACCAGUAAGAAUUAAAAGUACAGUCGUGCCUUGGAAGUCGAACAGAAUCCGUUCCAGAAGUCCGUUUGACUUCCAAAACGUCCGGAAACCAAAGCGGGCUUCUGAUUGGCUGCAGGAAACUCCUGCAGCCAAUCGGAAGCUGCGGAAGCCCCAGCGGACGUUUGGCUUCCGAAAGAAUGUUGAAAAACCAGAACAGUCACUUCCGGGUUUGCGGCUUUCGGGAGCCAAUUUUUUUGACAACUAAGCUGUCUGAAAACCCAGGUACAUGAGACGGCGUCUUGAUCUGAUUGAGAAUGCAGCCUAUUUAUCCGCUUUAGGCAAAGCUGUGCCUUUUGCAUCCGGUUUCUCCACAUUCCAGACUGAUGUGACCCCCCCCCCGCUCGCCCCCCGAUUAUGUUAAUGUGUUGACAUGGGUGCUGACAUGAUUGUGACAGCUCUGUCGCACAUUCACACAGCCUUUAGGAAAUGUGAUAAGACGUCCCUGUUCACUUGACUUCUGAUUUACGAGACGGUUGUUUGAAAUGUACUGUUGGACUAAUGGCCUGUCUUUUGUGUCAGAUUUUUAUUUGGGGGCAGGUAAGAUUGUCGUAUCUAGCAAACAGUGGGCCCCAUGCACAUGAACCUAUAUGUACACUAGUAGCCAAAAUUGUGGAAGUAUAUUUCUGAGGUUUGAUGGUUCAUAACACCACUUUUUAGGGGGGGAGUAAUACCAUAACAUUAUAUAUCAAUGGAAAUAUAAUUUAAUGAAGAAUGUAAUGCAACAAGGUUUGUUCAAUUAUCUGUAUUCUAUCAAAUGUUAUAGCCAAAUAACCAUGAAAAGGAGUGUUUAGAGAGUCAAUCAGGUGCCAUCUUGUUUUGGCAAUGAUGGCUCAUAACACCACUUUUUGGGGGGAGUAAUACCAUAAAAUUAUUUAUCAAUGGAAAGAUAAUUUAAUGAAGAAUUAUAUAUCUUUCCAUUGAUAUAUAAUUUUAUGGUAUUACUCCCCAAAAAAGUGGUGUUAUGAGCCAUCAAAGCUCGGAAAUACACUUUCUCCAAAAGGUUUUGACAAUUUUGGCCACUAGUUUAUGUACAAACAAAUUGCCAUUUUUGUUCAUCUGCCUCCCUUUUUAUCUUCUCUCACCAUCGUUAGGUAAGCACUUUCUGGAUUUUAAUGAGUGGCUGCUGGAUCUCUUCCCUCUAUUUUCUUUACACGUGGAAAGAGGAUUUGAAAUGGCUGUGGCAUCACUGCACACACUAUGUACUAGGUAAGAGAAUGUAUAGAAACAGAAAACUGAAAGUGAACAUUAGGCUGUGUCACACAGAAGGCAUUGUCAUUCAUAAAACAGAAGAUUUCUAAAAUGGCACUUCCCCCUCUAAGGUUUUAAAGUUGCAGCCGCUGGCUUUGUUCACAAGUGAAUUUCGCAAUUAUCUAAGAAACGUAAGAGAAGUUCUCCUGGCUUGGACGCAAGCCAGGUUUGCUCACGGGAAUAAGACGGUUUGAGCCUACUAGAGCAAUCCUGGUCCAACUGCACUGGCUUCCAAUUAGUUUCCGGGCCCAAUUCAAAGUGCUGGUUUUGACCUAUAAAGCCUUAAAUGGCUCAGGACCACAAUACCUCAAGGACCGCCUCUUCCCAUAUGAACCUACGCGGACCCUGAGAUCAUCUUCUGAGCCCCUUCUUCAUGUGCCUCCUCCUCAAGAGGUUUGGAGAGUGGCAAGACGAGAACGGGGCCUUCUCUGCAGUGGCUCCGUGUCUGUGAAAUGCUCUCCCCAGGGAAGUUCACCUGGUGCCUUCAUUAUGAACCAUUAGGCGUCACUUUUUAACCAGGCGUUUGGUUGAUCUGUUUGACAUCCUAUACCCUUUAAAAUGUGGCUCUUUUCUGAGGGGGCGGGGUGCUAUUGGGUUGUUGUUUUUAUUCUGAUUAUAUAUGUUGUGAUCUUUUUUGUGAACUGCCCUGAGGCCUCCAGGUAUAUUAUUAUUAAUAAUAAUAGUAACAACAACAAGAAGAAGUUGUUCAGCAUCAGGUUUUCACAAUGGCCAAACAGAGAUCUAUGGGAAGGCUGUAAGCAGGACAUGAGCACGACUGUACAGUGGUACCUCGGGUUACAGACUCCGCUAACCCAGAAAUAGUACCUCGGGUUAAGAACUUUGCUUCAGGAUGAGAACAGAAAUCGUGUGGUGGCAGCAGGAGACCCCAUUAGCUAAAGUGGUGCUUCAGGUUAAGAACAGUUUCAGGUUAAGAACAGACCUCCGGAACGAAUUAAGUACUUAACCCGAGGUACCACUGUUCUCUCCCCUAGCUUAGCACUACAUCUAAACUGCGGGUCAUUGUUUUGUUUCACUCCAAACCACGACCUGUAACCAAGGUUUGCACUUGUCUUACUGAUUGUGGUUUGUUUGGAUGUAACCCUAACCCAGCGAUCGUGGUUUGUUUCUCCCUGGCAACAGCAGGAAAGAGCAAAGGGGGUGAGACCAAUAGAGUCAGAGUAAACCAUUGCCCACGGUUUACCGUGACGAGCAGGGUGCCUGAUAAACAAUGGCCAUUGUUGUGGGACCUUGCAAUUAGGCUGAAAUCCUGUGUACACUUACAUUGGGGGUAAGCUCCGCUGAAGGCAGUAGGGACUUGCUUCCAGUAAACAGGGAAGGAAUCGGGCUUCGUAAUUGAGCUCACUUCAGUUUCUUUUUAAAGUUUUGUCCAAAUGAGAUUCUAAAAUUUUCCCUUAGGUUUUUUUUUGAAAUGAAUGUGCACCUCAGCUUUUUUAUCCACAUAAAGAGGUUACACCAGAAACCGAAUGUGUGAACUUGCCCACAAGGGUCUCUUUAUUCUACGAGGUGGAAAGCAGACUUUGCAAAUACAGUGGUACCUCAAGUUACAUACGCUUCAGCUUACAUACGUGUCAGGGAACUGGAGACAGAGAAGGGGGAGGGAAUGGGAGCUUACCGGGAGAAGGUUCCUUUAAUAAGCAGCUGUUCGUCUUUGGAUGAGAGAGAAGACGAAGUGGGGUCAGAGGGGAGUGACUCUGAGAGGGAGGAGGUACUUCUUGGACCAAGCACCUCUCAUCAGAGAGGAAGAAGGAGGGCUGGGCUUAGACAUUGGUUAUGCUGGCCCAAAAGCGGAAAGAAGCCAGUCGGGACAACUAACCGACCAUGAUGAAGUCGCACUUUUGAACUGCUUGUAUAUAGCUUCAAAGAGGCAAUAAAUCUUGUAAAUAUGGUUGGAUUCCCGGACUCUUAUCUUCAUUAAACACUCACAACUCACUGCCUGACAAUACGCUUCAGGUUACAGUCUCCGCUAACCCAGAAAUAGUGUUUAAGGUUAAGAACUUUGCUUCAGGAUGAGAACAGAAAUCGUGCUCUGGCGGCAGCGGGAGGCCCCAUUAGCUAAAGUGGUGCUUCAGGUUGAGAACAGUUUCAGGUUAAGAAUGGACCCUCAGAACGAAUUAAGUACUUAACCCGAGGUACCACUGUAAAUUUAUCAGCUUGCCUGCCUUUCGUACGGUCAUGUGCGACAUUGCAGCACCAUGGAAGCUCCCUUCCAGUUGAAGUGAUUUCGCCCGGUCUCCUAGAACUGAUUCUUACCACAAAUAAUAGGGCAAGGGGCAAUUUACUAGCUUGAAAUAAGCUAAGAUAGUAGAGUUCCUUCCUUGUUGAUUUUUGUAUGGUUUUGUCGUUUGCUUUUCCAGGGUAUUGCCUGAUAGUCGGAUCCAUCAGUUUUGGUUUUUGUCACAAGCAUGGGCCGCUCAAGAGUGAACAGAGUAUGAACCUUCUGAUGUGGACACUACAAUUUAUAGGAUUGGUUUUCAUUUAUAUUGGCAUUUCCAUUCCAGUGGUUGCCUAUGCAGUCAUUGUCACCAUGCUGUGUUCAAAAAUCCUGCAUUAUCCUCUUAGAGUAUUCGGCUACAUUGGCAGGUUAGUAUCCUUUUGGGCUGUUAAACCACGGGAUGAACAACCCCCUUUAAUGAACAUGUUUCCUCCCACCGUGUAUGGAAUGCAGGAUCUGCCCACAUCUGUUGGCUUGGAUCAUGUUACUUAAGAAAUAUUAUUUUUAUUGGUUCUGGAGAAAGCAUGGGUUGGAAGGGACUUGGGUGGGAGUUGGCCAUCCUCUAAUAUGGGCCUACAUCUGUUAUAUUCUAUGUAUACCUUGGCAGUACGCUUCUCUUGUCGAUAAUACACAAGAUUGCACAAACAGUGCAUUCUAAAAGCACAAGCGCACCUUUUCCAGCACAUCUUCCCUUUGAUGGCAUCCCUGUUAAGUGCAGCUGCUUUCACGACUCGCACGAAGGGGCUGUUUGUUUUCCACUCUGCCUUUUAAAGAAGGUGCCCAGCAAAGGAUAUCGUGAGUUGUUUAAAGGCAGGUGCUGUUUUAGCACACAUAUAAAAAUAGGAAUAUUGGGCAUGAGCCAGUGAAUAAGCUCCCUUCACAAAAGGACCUUGGCUUCCACAAUGGGGCUUUCCCUCAACCUCUCUGGCCCCUGUGCCUUCCCCAAAUUGGCUCCAGAGAGGGGAAUAAUAAUAAUAAUAAUAAUAAUAAUAAUAAUAAUAAAUUUUAUUUAUACCCCGCCCUCCCCAGCUAAGACCGGGCUCAGGGCGGCUAACAACCAAUAAUAAAAACAAGUUGAUUGAAAUACAACUUUAAAAACAGGAUUAAAAUACAACAUUAAAACAAUUAAAAUAUUAAAGAACAUUAAAGAAGAGGACUUACCCAUUCAGAUGGAACAGCCAACGUAGCACCAUGUUGAAUUCCUCCCCAAAAGUCAAGCAGUAUUUUAAUUUUAAUUAGAUUAGAUUAAAAUAUAAUUGAAAAGUUAAUCGGUGUUUUAAUUUGCAAAUGCAGGGCUAAGGAGAAGGGGAAGCUUGGGAGUUUUUUGCCUUGUAGCAUUUGUUAUUUGAAAACAUUGCUUCCUUCCCUGUUCCCUAGUGUUCUAUAUAUGGUCUGCAGCCUGGUGGGGAGAGCACUGUCUUGUUUAGGAUCAGUUACAUUGCGGCUACAAACAAGUUCUAAUUUCCCAUUGUCACACACUUUUUUUGUAUUUCAAAUCCACGGAGCAGCUUUCGAUCCGCCAGCUGUGGCCUUUUGUUUUCUCCUUUUCAGAAAAGCCAGCCGGCUCUUCACAUCAGGGAAGUUGGAGGUUCAUUACCUGACUGAAGAAGAGUAUCGGGAGCAGGGUGAACAGGAGACCCUCAAGGCCUUGGAGGACCUACGAACCUUCUGCCGUCGCCCCGAUUUCCCCUCUUGGGUAGCAGUGGUGAAGCUGCAGUCGCCGCAAAGGUAGGAACAUUCUUCUUCUUCUUUAGGCCAAUCAAAAUUUCACAGAAUAGCAUGCCAGCUUUUGAGUUCCACAGAACUCUUCAUCAGAGUUCCACGGAACCUUCUGCCGUCGCCCUGAUUUCCCCUCGUGGGUAGCAGUGGUGAAGCUGCAGUCGCCGCAAAGGUAGGAACUUUCUUCUUCUUCUUUAGGCCAAUCAAAAUUUCACAGAAUAGCAUGCCAGCUUUUGAGUUCCACAGAACUCUUCAUCAGAGUUCCACGGAACCUUCUGCCGUCGCCCCGAUUUCCCCUCUUGGGUAGCAGUGGUGAAGCUGCAGUCGCCGCAAAGGUAGGAACAUUCUUCUUCUUCUUUAGGCCAAUCAAAAUUUCACAGAAUAGCAUGCCAGCUUUUGAGUUCCACAAAACUCUUCAUCAGAGUUCCACGGAACCUUCUGCCGUCGCCCUGAUUUCCCCUCGUGGGUAGCAGUGGUGAAGCUGCAGUCGCCGCAAAGGUAGGAACUUUCUUCUUCUUCUUUAGGCCAAUCAAAAUUUCACAGAAUAGCAUGCCAGCUUUUGAGUUCCACAGAACUCUUCAUCAAAGCAGCAGGGGAGGUGUAAGUGUGGAUCUUAGCUGAUGGCAGUGCCACAGGCCUGCAGCUGGUGAGUGUCUUGAGGCAGAAUUUAUUCACAAAGUAGCUUUCUAAAGGAAAAGGGUGGCUUUCCCCCAAAGCGAGUCUGUAUGAGAAGGAAGUUAAGGAAGCAUUCAUUUGCUUUAGGCCAGGGGUGCGGGGAAGCUGUGGCCCUUCGGAUGUUGUUGGACUACAAUUCCCAUCAUCCCUAUUGGCCAUAGGGCUGGGGCUGAUGGAAGAUGGAGUCUAACAGCAUCUGAGGUCAAGGACGCCGGUUCCCCAUCCCUGGUGUAGGCUGAAUCUAGGAGCCACUUACGAAGCUGAGUUGUUGAGUUUUAAUCAAGUUCUAAACUGCACUUCUACAAAAGGAUUGUUAUUAUUAUUUGGGGGGUGGGUUGGGAGAAAGUUUUAUUAACUCUUUUCACAUUGCAAUAAAAAACAAACUGAUAACGCACACAAAAAAGCAAAAGAAUAAAAGAACAGAGAAAAGGUCAUAGAGACUGGUAAGUAGACAGGUAAGUACAGAAUCCUCUCUCACAGAUGUAUCUUUUGUCCCAUACAGAAAAGGGUGCGUCCUGCCAUCAUAACUGGGGGUGUCCCUUUCAUCUCUCAGCCUCUCACCCCUGUUUAGGGAAAUUUUUUAUGCUUGAUUUUUUUAUCGUGUUUUUAAUAUUCUGUUGGGAACUGCCCAGAGUGGCUGGGGAAACCUAGCCAGAUGGGCAGGGUAUAAUUUAUUAAUAAUAAUAAUAAUUUAUUAUUAUUACAGUGGUACCUCUGGAUGUGAACGGGAUACGUUCCAGAGCCCCGUUCAUAUCCUGAAGUGAACGCGACCUGCGUCUGCGCGGGUCGCGAUUUGCCCCUUCCACACAUUAUGUCAUUUUGAGCAUCUGUGCAUGCGCAAGCGGUGAAACCAGGAAGUAACGCGCUCCGUUAUUUCCAGGUCGCCUCGGAGCGUAACCUGAAAACACUCAACCUGAAGCGCAUUUAACCCGAGGUAUGAUUAUAUUAUUAUUACAGUGGUUCCUCGGGUUACAUACGCUUCAGGUUACAGACUCCGCUAACCCAGAAAUAGUACCUUGAGUUAAGAACUUUGCCUCAGGAUGAGAACAGAAAUCGUGCCGCGGCAGCAGGAGGCCCCAUUAGCUAAAGUGGUGCUUCAAGUUAAGAACAGCUUCAGGUUAAGAAUGGACCUCCGGAACGAAUUAAGUACGUAACCAGAGGUACCACUGUAUUAUUAUUAUUACUACUGCUACUGAGAGACUUCCCCUUCACUGCCUCCCACACAGGGACUGUACAUCACCUUCACCCGCGUGCAAUUCUUACCCAAAUUCACUAAGAUAAAAUAAUUAAGAGAAAUAAUAGUAAAAUACUUAGAGAGGAGAAAGUAAGAAUGGUAACAAAACAGAAAGAGAUGGAAAGAAGGUUGAGAGCAACUUCCUACCAUCCAUCUGUUAGUUGUGCCAGCAAGUAUUCCUCAUCAUAGUCCAAGUAUAACGGGCAACCAGCGCUGGCUUAUGCUUGCUUUGCCCAUUUUCCCCCCACUUGAAAUGUGCUCUAAGACACAAACAUGUCUUGAAAGACCUUUGAUGCUAUGGCCUGUUGGCUACGCAAAUAAAGUCCUUGUUGUUGUUGUUGUUGUCUUGAAAGAUGUGGGGGAUAUUGCUGGUGCUAAGAACGCAGUGGGUGUGGUGGACGAGAGUUUCCGAGCGGCACUUUUAUAUAUAGCGCUUUAUGACAUAGCUGUCAACCGUCCCUUAUUUGGCGGGAAACUCCCUUAUCCCAGCGCCGUGUCCCGCUGCUGUCCCCUAUUGAUGAUGUCCCUUAAAUUUCCCGGGUUUCAAAGGAAGCAGCUCCUCUCCUUCCCUCCCUGCUGGCCAGGGAGGCUCCAACUGUGUUGCUUGGCUGCCCGGCCCGCCCCCCUCUGGCCUCCUCUCACCAGCCUCGGCCCCUGGGAGCCCCUCCCCGCCAGGACUGAGGAGCCUUGAGAGGAGAGCGAGGGCAACCAUAGAGAGAGCAGUUCAGAGAGCGGAGGAGGAGGCAGGUGUUCCAAGGGCUAACCAUAGAGGGGGAAAGCGGAGGAAGGACCGCAAGUGCUUCUCCCAUAGAUUUGUAGUGGUAGACUAGCAUAGAUGGUCUGAUCUGCGGGUUUACUUCGGGUGCUAUCCCCCCCCCUUCCUCCUGCCCCGCCUGAUGGAACUGAGAGCUGCAGAUGGAGCACGAGAGAAAAGAUACAGAACUGCAGCAGCAUUUUCGUAGCUUGGACUUCGUUUUGCGCGAAAAGUGGUUGCUGCUUGUAGUUAUUUAAUCGCAGUGUUUCAUCGGGUGGUGUCUUGAGCAGCAACCUCUGGAAACAAAGGGCUAAAAACCGGCGCUGCACUCCCAAAUUAUCUGGUCCCUUUUAACUUCGUAUUUCAGCUGGUUGACUAAAAUCCCUUAUUUUGGCUGCUGGUCCCUUAUUUUCAAAUCUGAAAGUUGACAGCUAUGCUUUAUGAUCUCUCCUGCCCCACCCUAGAUUUGCAAAAUUUGUCCUGGGCCUUCCGCACGUGUCGCCUGAGGAAGUGGCCGCCCACGACGAGCAGUACGGCUUGGGAGGGGCAGCCUUAGAAGAGGAACUUUUUAAUCCAGAGGCCGAGGCCGAGCCAGACCGCCAAACGGAGCCCUGCGAGGUGGAGGAAAACCCCGAGGAACAAAAGCAAAACUUUUUCAGUAAAGAUGUUCUCUGAGUCACACUGUCUGGAGGUAGUGAGGGAAACGCACCGCAGUUUUGCAAGUGGGUGAGAUUUCGCAGAACGGACCUUGGAAGGUUCUGCUUUCUGAACUGCACUGCAGGGGGCAGCCAAGGUUUUCCGAAGGAGUCUCUUCUGCCGCUUCAGAUAUCUUUUUGCAACCUUUUAAGGUGGCAGAGAUUUAUCGGAGAACGCAUGUGCUCCCCAAAAGUACCUGGUUUAACCGGAAGUUCUACAAGACUUUUGUUUUUUAUUCCAAAUCAGAGGCUUGCAGGGAAAUUUCCUCCCUGCUGAUAAAAAAGAAGAGGACCACUUUUAUAUGGUUUGUUUGCCCGAUCGUCAAAAGACUCAACUUCUGGGGUGUUGAGUUCAGAAAACGAGCAAGAAAUUAAAGCCUAAUAAAAAACUAUUUUAUUUUAUUUUCAAAAGGCGAGGGUGAAUCAAAGUUGUCAGUCUUUGGUUUUAACAUGGUGCUGAUGUUUCAGAGGGAGUUGUAGCUCUGCUGCAAUUAUCCUCUUCCCCAUUUGCAUAUCCUGGUUUGGAAUAAGUAUGUAUCCUGUGGUAGAGGGAGGCAGCAUUUUCCACUACCGCAUGGUGUGUGUGGAAGUCCACAGCAUCUUACGGGCCCCACAUCCAUUCAACUGUGGGUACAAGGCUUGCCUCCCCAACUCUCUGCUGAAUGUCUGGAUGUCUAGGGCAGCCCUGGGCAGGCCAGCAAGUGGGGUCUUGUUCUUCCUUCCAAACAUAGACCGUGGGGACUCUUAGGGACACAAUCCCUACCAGAGAAGAAUGGCAAACCAAGCCGACGGACUAUGCUGAAGUGGCAAAGUUGACUGGAAAACUCAGGAACCAAGAGGACAAGAACUUUAUAAUAAAGAAUGCGGAAAAUUCACAACUUAUUUGAGAGACCACGGUAAGCAGAUGGAAACAUUGGCAGGAUUUGGAUUUCACUUGUAGUAUAACAAUUGUCAUGGAAAAUAAGGAAUGAUGUGAUAGUUAAAGAGUCUGGAGAAGAUGCAGUUUUAAACGAUUAAAAGGGGACUCCAGGGAAGGGGUGGAGGCAAGUUCUGAGAUUCAGAGGAAUCUCUAUAUAUGGAUAUGUAUUUGAUUAUUUUUUUUGUAAUUUUGUAUUGUAAAAACCAAAUAAAAACGAUUCAAAGAAAAAAUAUACACUGUGGCGUACAAGCGCACAGCUUGGUCUCUGCUUUAUCACAAGUGGUGUUGAAUGUUUUAUUUUAAAUAAAACAAGCCUGUCUGUAUAUCACAUGCAUGAUGUGUUUUAAAUUCUCUUAAUGUACUUUUAAUCUUUUGCUGGAAGCCGCCCAGAGUGGCUGGGGAAACCCAGCCAGAUAGGCGGGAUAAAAAUAAUAAAUUUAUUAUUAUUAUUAUUAU